GCCCUGCUUGUCGCCAUGGCACCCCCACCAUUAGCUCCUGGCCAGCGUUGUUCCUCACAGCACUGGAAGAAGAGGAAAGAUGGCCCAGUCCAUAUCUCUCCCCACCGUCCUCGUCCCUGAAGAAGAGGACAUUGGUGCCACUGAGCGCGCACGGGCCCUGCAAUCCACGCGGAGGCUGAGCAUGUACCCCAACAUCCUUGAGCUCCUGACACUGUAUAACAGCUUUGAUGAGUUGGAGCUGGACUACCGGUAACGCAUCAGAGCUGCCUGCAGGGGGCGAUGGGGAGGACGUGUGAAAAGGGAAGCGAAGCGAAGGCAUUCUUCCUCUCUUCUCUUUCCUGUGAAGCUCUGUGGAGAAUUCAAAAGCUUGCCUUUAUAUCUCACCGCCAUUUUCUCCAAGUGGCUCAAGGAGGCGUGAAAAUGAUUCUCCCCCAUUCUAUCCUCAAACAACCCUGUGGGGAAGGCUAGGCUGAGAAGCUAUGAUUGGCCCCAAGUCAGUCAGCUUCAUGGCAGUCUUACUGCCAUACCACAAUAUAAUACACCACAUGUAAGACCCAAUUGGGUCUGACUCUGGAGCAGAUGCUGCUGGUUAUUCAUAGCUGCUAAUUUGUGUUUUCCUUUUAAAAAUAUUGUUUUUAUUUAUUUAUUUAUUAGAAAUAUAUAACGCUUAAUUAAAAAUAUGUAGUUUACAUGAAAAAUAACAAAAUUAUAAUAAAAUUUCCUUAAAGCUAGAUAAAAACCAAACAAAAGUAUAUACCGUAUUUUUCGCCCUAUAGGACGCACUUUUUCCCCUCCAAAAAUGAAGGGGAAAUGUGUGUGCGUCCUAUGGGGCGAAUGCAGGCUCCUUGGCUUCAGCGAUAGCAAUGCGAAGCCUCUGAAGGGAGGCUUCGCGUUGCUUUCGCUAAAGCCAGGAGAGUCUGCUCUUUGAGGCUGGCGGUGGGGGAAAGCAGCGCUUCCCCCCACCGCCAGCCCCACAAGCUGGGUCGAAAAGCCUGCAGGAGCCGCGCAGCCUUUAAAGAGCGCACCGCUCUUGGGGGCUUUUCCCCAAGGAGGGAGAAGGGACUGACUGGCUGAGUCAGUCCCUUCUCCCUCCUGUGGGCUUUUGCGGGAGAUGGGGGAAUUCCCCCAUCUCCCGCAAAAGCACGCAGAAGCCGCGCGCUCUUUAAAGGCUGUGCAGCUUCUGCUGGCUUUUCUAUGAGGGGGUUGAAUUCCCCCACCUCGUAGAAAAGCCCGCAGGAGCCAUGCACCCUUUAAAGAGCGCGCCGCUCUUGGGGGCUUUUCCCUGAGGAGGGACAAGGGACUGACUGGCCGUUUCAGUCCCUUCUCCCUCCUGGUCGAAAAGCCCGCAGGAAUCGCGCGCGGCUCCUGUGGGCUUUUGCGGGAGGUGAGGGAAUUCCGCAACCUCCCGCAAAAGCAGGGAGAAGGUCUUGGAGCCUGUCCGCUGCUCCCAGAGCUGCAGGGGGGGGGGAAUCAUAUUUUUUUCCUUGAUUCCCUCCUCCUUAAAACUAGGUGUGCCCUAUGGGCCUGUGCGCCCUAUAGGGCGAAAAAUACGGUAUUCCAAAUGAAACUGAACGGUGUUCAAAAGAGAGAGUUAAUAAUUAAAGAGUCAGAGUCUAGGAAGUCUGGAUAAAUAUAAUUUAUAAGAGACCUUUAAAGGUCAUUACUGUCUUAUCUCAAACUACCUGAGAGUGUGCAUUCCAGAGGAGAGGUGCAUAUCUUUAUUCUGUGCUGCAUAUUCUAUGUUUGUGAGCCGCCGUGUGAUCCUCUUUUAAAGGAGGGGCAGGAUAUAAAAACUAGAUGAUAAAUAAAUGGAACAUCUCAAAUGAGACAGCUUCCCAUAUAUUUCUUCAGUUGUUUUCCAUUGAGUCAUUGAGUACACGGAGCAAUGGAUCCAAACUACAAGAAAGAAGAUUCCACCUAAACAUUAGGAAGAACUUCCUGACAGUAAGAGCUGUUCGACAGUGGAAUUUGCUGCCAAGGAGUGUGGUGGAGUCUCCUUCUUUGGAGGUCUUUAAGCAGAGGCUUGACAACCAUAUGUCAGGAGUGCUCUGAUGGUGUUUCCUGCUUGGCAGGGGGUUGGACUCGAUGGCCCUUGUGGUCUCUUCCAACUCUAUGAUUCUAUGAUUCUAUGAGUCUUGGAACCAGAGAAUUGUCCUACCAGCUAUCCCUCAAUUAAGUAUUAAAUAGCACAAUGUAUUGCAAAUCCCGUCAUACUGAACGACUACAUGGAUACUCCAGAUUUAAUUGGCAACUCCAUGCUUCCCUGUGCAAUUCCUGUGGCAUCAGGCCGUUAGUAUGUCCCAUUAAUGCUGUUCACCAGAGUUAGUUUCCUGGCAUCUCCAGUUUAUUCUCCCAGCGUCGAAUGGUUUAAAACUGAAUUGUAUCUCUGAGCCACUUUCUGAACCAGCAAAUGCCUCUAUCAUCCUUGCCAGUAAAAAUGAAUGUUAAACUUUAUCACAUUGCUAUUUAAAGAACUUGCAGAUAUGAUGAGACUUACAAACAGGGAACACUUGCAUGUUGCAGAAAUGCGAUCAGGGGAGUGGUUCUGAGAGAUGUUAACGCAGAAGGCUAUUUUUAAAAAUCGAACUGGCAUUUGUCCCCAUUUUGCAUUAAGAGUUCCCCCUGCAAAUGAGCCAAGUUUAGCCUGGGUGACGUACACAUUGACUCAGUCUCAUUCUACAGCCAAGAGACUAAGCAGCUGCCUUGACCACCUGUUCCCUGUUGCUGGAAAAUCCAGUCAUGUUUAGAAUAGCAGCCACCUCCCGAAGAUUUGCGUGUUGUCAUUUCAUCCACCUUGUUAACCUGGGCUUCCAAAACAUUGCCACAAUGGAAGUCCAGGGAAGGAAGUGGGGGACCCCUAUAGUACAACUGAAGAGUGCACAUGGCAGAUGUAACCAAAUGGCAAUCCAUCUGUGCUCCCCAGAGAAAUAACAUUUUGAAAUCUAAACAGGGCUUAGCUUGGCCAGUGCCUUGAUGGGAGACUGCCUAGAAUCCCCUAUGCAAGCUGCUUUGAAAGCGGGUGUGGGAUAAAAGUGAACCCAGUAACUGUGUGAGUGAUGGGAUUUCCUUCUAGAAUUAUUCAUUAUUGGGGAACAUAUAUAGACCCUCUUUGGGAGUGUCACUUUUUUGCUCCCCAAAAUUUAGAGGGAAAACUCUGUAGCAGGGAGCUUUCUGUACUUUGUGGAGGAUCCCCGCACAAUUUAAGACCCUGAUCUAUGCUCUACAUUGUGCAGGCAGCUUCCACAAGUAAAGGAGAAGAGACUGCUGGAUCAGGCCAAUGGCCUAUCUAGUGCAGCAUCCUGUUUUCACAACGGCCAACCAGAUGUCUCUGGGAAGCCUGCAAUCUGCAUCUGAACAUCAGAGAACUCCCCGCUUUCACAGUUUCUAGCAACUGGUAUUCAGAAGCAUGUAGGUUGGUGGCCAUGAUUGCCUCCUGUGGCAGUGAGUUCCAUAGGUUAACUAUGCUUUGUGAAGAAGUACAUUCUUUUAUCCUGAAUCUUCCACCUUCAGCUUCAUUGGAUGUCCACGAGUUCUGGUGUUAUGUGAGAGAAAGAAAAACUUUCCUGUAUCUACUUCCUUGCUGCUGUGCAAAAUUUUUAUAGACUUCUGCUUCAGAAGUUCACCCUCCAGCUCAUGAUCAAUAGGGAGCGGAACGGAGCUUCACAUGCCUGUCCCCUCUCUUGCAUUGCUUUUACACAUGAGUAAAACACCUGAACAAGGCAAUAACUUAAAAGCUUAAUGGGUAGUUUAGCAGAUUAUUGCUACUUUAAGCUUCACAUUUGUUCGGUAUAAUAUCUUUGCUGUUUCAACUAACUAUAUUUCAACAAAAAAUUCCAUAGGCACACGAUUUCAGAUAACCUGAAAAUAGGUUUUGGGAUCUCAGAUCAUGCUACGCAAACAGAUACAAGUGAAAUAGGAGAUAUAAAGGUCUUUAUAGAAACGACAAGAACUUUAUUACAGGUAAGCUGUUUUCUGCCCAUCUCUCAAGUAGAGCUUUGCUGGAAUACAUAUGUGGCACUGUAGCUAUUUACAUGGGACGCAGGUGGCGCUGUGGUUUAAACCACUGUGCUGCUUGGACUUGCCGAUCAGAAGGUCGGUGGUUUGAGGCCCCGCAACGAGGUGAGCUCCCUUUGCUCUGUCCCAGCUCCUGCCAACCUAGCAGUUCGAAAGCACACCAGUGCAAGUAGAUUAAUAGGUACUGCUCCGGCAGGGAAGGUAAAUGGUGUUUCCGUGCACUGCUCUGGCUUCGCCAAAAGCGGCUUAGUCAUGCUGGCCACAUGACCUGGAAAAACUGCCUGCGGAAGCAGACAAAUGCCAGCUCCCUCGGGCUGUAAAAACAGAUGAGCACCGCAACCCCAAAGUCAUUCACAACUGGACUUAAGUGUCAGGGGCCCCUUUACCUUUACCUUUAGCUAUUUACAAAGAGUAGUCAGUUCUUAUUUUGUGCCAACAACAGCCAUUUUUAACCAUUCUAAUUUAACAUCUGCAUUCAUUCUUGCUUCAGAAAUCUUGGCUAUUUUUUUCAUUCCUUUCAUUGUCAAAGUCCUUAUUGCCACUAUUAUCAACCAUAGAAAGUGAGAUCAAACUGUUUAUGAGGCAUGUGUGCACAAGCCUAGGGGAAGCUAGGCUCAUCCUUGUAAUGCUAAGCCUUAAAACUUGUAAUGCUUAGCUAUUAGCCCAGGUGUGAGAAACCUCUGGUCUCCUCCAGAUGUUGCAGGACUACAUUUCACAUCAUCCCUGACCAUUGGCCAUGCUGCCUGGGAUUGAUGGGAGUUGUAGUCCAACAUUAUCAGGGUGCCCCAGGCUCCCUAUCCCUGGUUUUCACUGUUCUGUCCAAACUAACCCACUGAAACAGGUAUGCAAUUAUGGCAGGUGUCUGGGUAUGGUUGUAUUGGGUUAAGAUGCCCCUUCCCAGGCCAACUUCAUUGAGAUUACACACAGACUGGCACAGACUGUGUGUGGUGCUGUUCAUUUAGUGUGCUGAAACAGCUUGUUUGGUAGCUCCAUUCUGUUCAACAGCCACAUAAUAAAUCGUUUUGAAUGAGCGUGCCAUUAAUCCUUUUGUAUUUUCAGUUCACAGACAGGCUCUACAAUGAUUUUGCUAUGUACCGAAAGAUCCUUAAAGCACAGUAUGAGGAAAGAAUACAGGAAGAGGCAACCAAGCUCUGGCUAGCCAUAAAUGACAGGCUAAAAUACAUUGAUGACUUUUACAAGCAGGUACAGGGCAACUUUCCUCAUUCCACUUCAAGCAUCAUCAAUGCGUAAUCUGUGUAAAGGUUUUGUGUUUGCAAUUUGGUUAAAGCAGUGUGUGUGUGUGUGUGUGUGUGUGUGUGUGUGUGUGAAAGAGAGAGAGAAUAUCAUAUGCUGGCAGCUAGCAUGCAAUACAGAAAGCACAUUUACACCACCAUUACCCUGUAAUUCCCUCGCUGUGCUAUAAAGCACUAUAGAACUCAGCCUAAGAACCAGCCCCAAACUGGAGCUCUUUUUUGUUGUUGGCAGGGUGGUGAGAGAGAGAUUGUUGAAAGGGUCUCCCUUCUUUUUCCUUUCCUCUCUUUUUAAAAUAAGUGAUUACAUUUAUAUGUUUUUGCUUAUUUUAAAAAAAUCAGCCUUUCAGUUUGGGCAUGUGUUACAGCAAUUGUCAGCACAAUCCACUGUUCACUGCUUAAUCAAAAAUAAGAUGAGCUGAGUUCCAUAAGGCGUAGUCUCAGGUUAGUUUCCGUAAGGUGCUCUGCACCAUUAUUCUGCAAUGUUCCAAUUGCAUCCAGAACAGUGGGAUAUACACUAUGGAUAUGAUCUAGGGAUUGAUUGUGCUGAGCCCCAGCAGAGCCAGCACAGGCAGCUGAGCCCUGGCAAGCCCUGGGCAUGGUCUGAUAUCUGCAGGGUUCAUGUGCAGUCAAUGCUGACACAGCAGGGGACCGGACAGAACAGCCGCCUGGUCCCUCCCUGACCAGAGAACAGGAUGCUGUGGGCUUGUGGCUCCACCUAAAGGCAAUCCAUUGUAACUGCUUCUACUGUACCAGUCACAACCUUUCUCCAGAACUUGUGUGCUUGGGUGUUGCAAGGGCUAAAGGUGUUGGAAGAGGCAAAAACACACCUGAGGAUUGUACCUGUGCUCCAAAGAGCAAAGAUAAUGAUGGAAUUGCUUUCUUUCUUUCCUUCCUUCUUUCCUUCCUACCUUCCUUCCACAUUCUCUCCUUCCUUCUUGUUGCAUUUCUGUCUCACCUUUUUCUCCAAGGAGCUCAAGGUGGUGUACACAGUUCCUCCCCCCAUUUAAGCCCCACAACAACCCUGAGAGGUAAGUUAAGGCUGAGAGGUAGUGAUCACCCAGUGAGCUCCAUGGCUGAGCAGUAAUUUGAACCCUGAUCUACAUGCCCUAGUCUGACACUCUAGCCACUGUACCACAUUAGCUUGAAUACGUCUUUUUUAUUUUGAAAUUUACAGUUGGGCAGCUGCUUUUUUUAUAGGGACCAACCAAAACGUCCUAAGAAAGGCACUGCCCAACAGUGGACUUUGAAACAUUUCCUUACGGGCUUUGCCUUUUACCAUUUUGAUAAUCCGUAAAAAGUUAAAUCUCACCCUUCAAUUACAGAAAGAGGAGAAAAUGCGAUAUAGCUACCAGCAACAACUAUGUGAUGCACUUGCAAUUCUCAAAACAAACUAUACAGUGAGUUUUUGAAUUAUCGCUACUGUGUGUAUUUUAUUUAUCUGAUGUAGUGUGGGGUGCAGCACACCCUGGUUUGCUUGGUUAAGGAACUCAGAGUUGGAAUGCCCCAGCUAAAAACCUGGCCCCGUGAGACAGGGCACAAAAAGACAGGUGCAAACGUCAUACAAGCAGAUGUGAUAUCCUUGUGCAGGCUUUGGGAUUCACCCCUGCUCCCGGCUGAGCUGUUUGUAAACAGCAGAAGCAGCUACUGGUACUGGAACGCAGGUGCUCCCCACCUAUCCCUUUCACCUAUCUGAUCAUAGCUGGUCAUAUAGUUGUAGAGUUGGACCAAAUAGAUCAUCUAAUCCAACCCCCUGCAAUGCAGGAAUCUUUCGCUCCACCUGGGGCUCAAACCCAUGACCCUGAGUCUCAUGCUCUAUCAACUGAGCUGUCCGUCCAGACACAUCCCUCCCUUCCCCCACACCCUUCCUCUGCUACCCCUAACUACUGAAAGAAAGCAAGAAGUUUGCUUUUGUAGGUAGCUGGCAUACACUGUGUGCCCAGGUAGACUAUGGUGUCCAUUUCCCUGUUCUCCUCCCAAAACUGCAAUUCCCAAAGCUCUCUGUGAAGAAUCUGGGAAUCAUAGCUCUGGGAGGAGAAUUGUGGGGCGGCCUACUGAUAAUGCUCAGCACCCUAAACUACAGCUCCCAGGAUUCUUUGGGGGAAGCCAUGGCUGUUUAAAGUGGCACCAUAGUGCUUUAAACGUAGGGUGCGGAUGUAGCCAAAGUCAGGCAUGAUUUAGUGUUACAAAAACCAAUCCAGCUGUUGCUGCUGUGCCUUCUGACUGCGAUCAAGUGCUUUGUGCCUCUCAUUAAUGCUCCUCUUUCCUUGGCAGAAAUAUUUCUUACUUGACCCAUCCGAAGAAGGUGGAGAAACCGUACUUUCAAAGUUACAGAUACUGAGGGGCAAGCUUGAGGAGCAGGCUGCUACAAUUGAAAAUUUGGAGGCAGAGGUAACGAGGCUUAAACAAAUGUCCCCUGAAAAGGUAGGUUUUCCAAAGCCUUUAGCACAUGGAUGUGGGCUUCCAAACGCUGUUGUUAUUGUUUGUUGCAUUUAUAGCUCACCUUUCCCCCCAAGGAGGUCAAAGUGGCUUACCGGGUUUCCCCCUCCUCAUUUAAUCCCCAUUGCAACCCCGUAAGGUAAAUUAGACUUAAUGGCCCCAAGUCACCCAGUGAGCUUCAUGGCCAAGUGGGGAUUUGAAGCCUGGUCUCCCAGGUCCUAGUCAUAUCAGUCUGCCUCAGGACACCCAUUCAGAUCCCCACAGGAAGCUGCACUUAAUGCAGAAUGCUGCAGUACAAUUGCUGACAGAAGUGAGGCCUUGUCAGUGUAUGACAUUUGUGCUCAGAGAUCUGCACUGGUUGCUGAUUUACUACUGGGCCAAGUUCAAGAUGUUCUUUGUAUAUACAGUGAUACCUCGGGUUACAUACGCUUCGGGUUACAUACGCUUCAGGUUACAGACUCCGCUAACCCAGAAAUAGUACCUCGGGUUAAGAAUUUUGCUUCAGGAUGAGAACAGAAAUCGUGCAGCGGCGGCACAGCAACAGCAGGAGGCCCCAUUAGCUAAAGUGGUGCUUCAGGUUAAGAACAGUUUCAGGUUAAGAAGGAACCUCCGGAACGAAUUAAGUACUUAACCCGAGGUACCACUGUAAAGCCCUUAACAACUUGGGACCAAUUUACCCACGUGUGCCCACUCAACCACUCUGAUGAGCGGAAUUGGCACUACAACAGGGACCACAUAAUACCCGUUCCACAUUUUUAAGGAUUCAGUCGUUUAGUGUGGCAGUGUGGGAAUGUUGUGGAAUAGUAGGGAGGAUAUAUUGAUUAAAUAUUAUCCUUCCUUACUCGCGCUAGUGAGCUAGUACCAGAGCACAUUCCCUUGCACAUUGCUGGAAGCAAGUUGACGGAUUCGUUAGAAUCGUUUGAGUUGAGCAAUCCAGUCUGGCUUGUCCAGAUUGGAUUGUUCCUGGUAAAUUUCCCCUUUAGUUCCCUCUUAAAAACAAGGAUGACACAACAGUCUUCUUCUAAAAGUAAUGAUAAAGUUUACUUACAUUCAGUUCACAGUAUUGUCCUGAAGGCAGGCUCUAAUCUUGUAGUCACAGUUACAGUUGUAGAGGAAAGAAGUCUGAGCUAGGCCUCACACUUUCUAUCUUGCGGCUUCCAUCCUCUGUAAGGAUGAGCCAUGUGCUGCUGGCUAAGAGCCAGCAGAGGAGUCCAAAAGAUGAAAUGGGGAAAAGGUGAAAAAGAGUCAAAAUAGGAAGAUAGCUGCUUGACUGGCCCUUUUAUAGGGUCUGCUAGGGCCACGCCCAUCUACCUGGUCACACACAGUGGGAGGAGGCUCCAGAACAGGUUUGAGAGGAAGUCCUCCCUGUCUGGAGCAACAUUCCCCUGCGUGUCCACUCUAGGAAACAGGAAAUGUUGUAUUUGAUUGCUACAAUGAAUGAUACAUCCUACAGGCAGCACCUGCUGCUGGAUAGGCAGAGUAGGCCUUGGUCUGUGGGCCCUACGCCUUUUAGGGGCCCCACAACAAUGGAUCAAAAUAAUAUUGAUUUGAAAUAAAAUUACAAUCAAGCUUUCUUAGUUCAGUGUGAGGGGGGCCCUGAGAUUUUUUACUGCCAUGGAACUCCCUGCCUAUUGAGACCAAGCCUCUGCUGAACUCCUUUCGGCACCUGCUAAAAACCUCUUUGUUGAGACUAGCCUACCCAGAUGCUUAGAAAGUUAAGGUAAUUUUAAUCUUAGUAUUUUAACUUUUGUAUGUUUCAAAGUAUGGUUGCAGGUUUUUCUUGAUUUUAUUGUUUUAUCUUUUUGUAAACAGCUUUGAGGUUGUUGUGUUUUAAAAAAUAAUCAAGCAGUGUAUAAAUUGUAUGAAAUAAAUAAAAUAAAAAUAAAUAAGAGUAGCUGUUAAACAUUGUUAGUGUAGAAAGGCAAAUGUAUUUCCCCUAGGACUGUGAGUUGCUACAGGGGGAGCAUUGCAUAGUCGUAGCUGUACUUAUGUUAUUCUGAUGAUACUCCAUUAUGGAAAGUCUUUGGACUGGGUUGUCUGCAUGGUGAAUUGGGUCUCAGUCCUGUUUCUAAACGAUAGAUUAUUAAAUAGCAAAUGUACCCUAAAUUUCAUCAAAGGACUCAACAAGUCAUACUAAGGUUUAAAGAGGAAGUUUUUAAGCACUUUCUUAUAACAUACAGUUUUGCAGUGGGCAAAUUGCAGCAUGAAGUUAGCAACUCAGAAACUACAUCGGGUGAUAAAGCUUUGAAGCCUCCAAAAGAUGUACAUUCAUAUUUCGUAUCUAUCUUCUAAGCCAAGUUGGCAAGGUUUACCUUUCCGGCACCGCAGAAGCAAGUCCCCGCGCUGUGCCAGUUUAGCACAGCGCGCAGGGACUCACCAAGCGGGCGGCUCAGUUCAGGGGCGGCUCGUGGGCCUGUUAAACGACCCCCAUGGGCCGCUUGUGGUCCAUGGGCCUUAGGUUGCCGACCUCUGUUCUAAGCAAAAAAAACCUGUUGCUGUGGGCAGAUGGUAGGGAGAGCCUCACCACAAAGCCUUCCUCCCAAUCUGUGACAAAUAGCUGCAGAAUGCUGCAGAAAACACUCCCUUUGCUCAUUUUGAUAGUGUCCUUGCUGCAGCAAUGUUAAUUGUUUUAUUUACAGUUCUUAUUUAUGACAGAUGGUGGCGCUAGAGCUAUAGAUUCACCAUUCAAAGCCCGCAAAACAGAAGCCAUAGCACAACUAGAUUUUAGAGAACUGUCUCUUACAAACAGACCACAUUUGAUUGUAAAACAUCUUUUUUCAAUCUGUGCAAAUAAUAGAUUACAAAUAGUUGCUGUUGUUAAUUAUGAUGGUGCUGGCGACAAGCAUUGUUUUCAGUAUUAUUAUUACUAUUAUUACUGUUAUUAUUAUUGAUAUCCCCUUCCUCUCCUCCCACCACUGCCCCCAUAUACUCUCGCUCUGCAGCAGAUUGGGGGGGGGGAUGUGGAGCGCUGCUGUAGAGAGGGGGAUCAAUUUUGCUAUAUAGUAGAAUUACAGAAUUGUAGAGUUGGAAGGGACCACAAGGGUCAUCCAGUCCUACCCCCUGCAACACAGGAAUCUUUUGCCCAACAUGGGGCUUGAACCCACAACCCUGAGAUUAAGUGUCUCAUGCUAGUAGUAGCAAUAAUAAUCUAUAUGCCUCUUUUUAGCCCAAAGGCCCCCAAAGUAAUAUGCAGCGGAAUUCAAGGCAAUAAGAUAACAAGAUAAAAUUAAUUUUAGUUAUGAUCCUUGUGGCUCACAGCACAGUGAGCUGUUGAUGCGUGAGUUUUGCCACAGCUAAGGAGCUAGCCUUUUAAGCCUCUUAAGUCCUGAAACAGUUCUUUAAAAGAUCCUUUGAAACCGUGGAUUUACUGUGUAACCACAUAGAGUGGAACGAUGUCUCAGGGGACUUUUGACUAAUCGUUUCUUUGUACUGUGUGAUGUUUAUUAACACCCUCUGGCAGAUCCUUAACUGGAGAAAUCCUAGAGGGUUUGGGGAAGUACCGUAUUUUUUGCUCUAUAGGACGCACUUUUUCCCCUUCAAAAAUUAAGGGGAAAUGUGUGUGCGUCCUAUGGAGCGAAGACGCCAUAGCCCCGCGACCCUCUCCCGGCUGGAGAGGUGACGCGCGGCUAUGGCAGGAGCCUCUAUAGCCGUGCGCCACCUCUCCAGCCGGGAGAGCGCGCACAGGGCUAAAGAAGCAGCCCGCGACCCUCUCCCGGCUGGAGAGGUGACGCGCCACUAUGGCAGGAGCCUCUAUAGCCGCGCGUCACCUCUCCAGCCGGGAGAGCGUGUGCGGGGCUAAAGAAGCCCCCCGCGACCCUGUCCCGGCUGGAGAGGUGACGCGCGGAUAUGGCAGGAGCCUCUUUAGCCGCGCGCCACCUCUUCAGCUGGGAGAGCGCGCGCGGGGCUAAAGAAGCCAUAGCCCCGCGACCCUCUCCCGGCUGGAGAGGUGACGCGCGGCUAUGGCAGGAGCCUCUUUAGCCGCGCGCCACCUCUUCAGCUGGGAGAGCGCGCGCGGGGCUAAAGAAGCCAUAGCCCCGCGACCCUCUCCCAGCUGGAGAAGUGACGUGCAACUAUGGCAGCAGCCUCUCCGCUGCGCCUUUCCGCUGCUCCCUGACCUCCUCUUUGGGGCUGGUGGUGGGCUUCCCCCUGCCAGCCCCAAAGAGCAGGUCGAAAGGAACCUGAAGCAUGGAGAGCAAGAGGGGUCGGUGUGCACCGACCCCUCUCGCUCUCCAGGCUUCCAUGGUAGCCGCCUGAACGCACCUUAAACGGCACCUUGUUUUAGAGCGGGAAAACAAGAGGGGGGAAAUUCUCCCUCUCUCUGCGCAGCGCCUCCUGCCGCUUCGCUGAAGGGGCGCUGGGCAGAGAGGGGGAGAAUUUUUUUUUCUUGUUCUCCCCCCUCUAAAACAAGGUGCGUCCUAUUGUCCGGUGCGUCCUAUGGUGCGAAAAAUGCGGUAUUUGGAGGAGUUAAAUAAAACAAAAAGGAAUUGUGUAAAGUCCAAUGAAGCAACUAAGUAAGAACAGUUUUUUGAAACUCAUGGCUUAUACCAAGGGGGGGGUGGGGACGAUGGUAGGGACUCACUUUAAAUUGCCUGUUAUGAGCCCAUGUGCUUUUGGAGGGUUAUAUACCAAUUUUAGCUUCAAUAAUUGAUGCUGCUUCCUAAAUAAUUGUAAUUAUUUCUAAAGAAGAACAGCUGCAGAUUAAUAUAAUGGAUGACUUCUCACAUCUCUGCAUUUUGGCCACUGAUUCCCAUAGACCUGAAUGGAUGAUCACUGUGAUCAUCACCUACUCCUGUACUUACAUUAUCGUCAGCACUUAGAAUUUACACAAAUGGACAGUAUAUAGUACCAUCCAGAGAUGGACAGUAUACAGAUGAUGGUGGUGGUGGUGGUGGUGAUGAUGGUGGUGGCUUUUUAUUGUAAACUGUGUUUUAUUAUCUGUGCCCAGAGAACUUGGAUAGCAUACAGAUGAUGAAGAUAAAAAUAUAACCUUGAAACAGUCCUUUUGAUUUCAAUAGGAUUAACUCAAUAGCAGAACUCUGUGUACAGCAAUAUAUGUAUAUCCUACUUCACAUCCCAACCCUAAACAUAUUUUACUUGGAGUUAGUCCCAUUUUGUUCAGUAGCACUUCCUUCUAAGCAAGUGUGUUUGUAUUUUAACGUAAGUUACUCAAAUUCUCCUACAAAUUAUUCAACUUGUUCAGUUCUGGUUUGCAACCAGUUAAGCCAAUGCAGCCAUUUCACAACAUGGGAGAGAACUGUAAACCAUUCCAUGGUCUGAGCUGAUCAUAAUGACAACAUAUACCAGACAUAGCAGCGUUCUGAGCCAGCAUUCGACACCCAGGUGUGUUCUGAUAGAAACACCUUGUGGCUGAGACAGCCAUGUGAGCCGCCGUGGGAAAUUAUUUGAGGCGAUGAGUAGGAAUCCCUAUAUGUCAUAGACUGGGCAGAUGAAGAGGAAUGGUGGAGACCGCCUCCCUAGGGGCCUUCCAGAGAGGAGGAAGGGGCAGAUAGUAUAGAUCUAGAGGGCACAGGUCACACCCUAGGAGAAGAAGAGGGAAGAAGUUGGGAAAUAAUGGAAUACGAGGAGCAGGAACCAGGUAGCAUAGAACAGGCAGAGCCUGAGCAGCAGCUGACUGACACACUGACACUUGAGAGUACAGUGGUACCUCGGGUUACAGACGCUUCAGGUUACAGUCUCUGCUAACCCAGAAAUAGUACCUCGGGUUAAGAACAUUGCUUCAGAAUGAGAACAGAAAUUGCGCAGUGGGCAGCAGGAGGCCCCAUUAGCUAAAGUGGUACCUCAGGCUAAGAAGAGUUUCAGGUUAAGAACAGACCUCCAGAAUGAAUUAAGUUCUUAACCCGAGGUACCACUGUAUCCCAGGACCUGUUCCCUCCCCAAAAACCAAGUUGAAAAUAGCAGAGAAGAGGGCUCAAAGGUUGGUGGCACUUAACAGCCGCCGUAGGAGGUAAGAGGAGUCUGAGGGAUAGGAAGUGCAGAGAAGAGGAGGUGGAGCUUCACUCGAGGCAACGUCAGAUAAUGAACGGUGUGGAUGGAAUUUUGCCCUGGUAAUUCUAAUAAUAAAAAGGAACUGAAAAGCUCGCUUUCGCCCUGUCUCUCUGCUUUACUGGGCAGGUGGCCAGUAGCCACCGACAGCACCCUGACACCAGGGAUAGCAAUAAAAUUAAUUGAUUAAUAAAAUUAACCAAAUAAACCAGACUCUUUGAAAAGUUGGUGCUGCACAGAGCACAAGUCCGAAUGCAAGGGACAGCCACCCACUUUCCCCUGCACUUGAAUCUUGAGGCCAGCCUCAGCUUGGUGGCAAAGUUGCACUGCUAGAUUGUAAGCAAGUUUAAGAUUUUGUGAUGGGGCUUUGCAUAAGUAUAGGGAAGUGGGGCCCUACCACCGGGCCUGCCCCCAAAGUUGUGUCCCUUCUUCCAGCUCCAACCACUUCCUUCUUGCAUGGCUGAUCUCUGGUGCAUACCUUGGCUGCAUGAAGGUUCCCAUCUUACAUGUGCUGCAUGCAUAGCCAGGGGUAGGGGGGAGAGCAUGGUUGCUGGAUGUGACCCCAUUCAUCCUUUGACGCAUCUUGUGAACACCCCUGGUUGCACAGGGCUUCCGAUUGCAUAGAGGAACUCUCACAACUACAGGUAGUAAACCGUGCAGACCUUCCCUCAAGGCAUAGAGGCCAGGGGUGAUGGAUCAGGGGGACAGGUAGGUCAGUGAGGUGGAGCUGGUGGACACCAUCCAGCUUGCCUUUACUCCGAUGGUGUCAGGGUGCUGCCGACGGCUGCUGGCUCACCCCCCAGGAAAUCAGACUCAGAGAAAGAGAGAGCUUUUCAGUUUUUUUAUUUCUACAGGAUCUCAAGAAGACACAGAAAGAGCACCUUACUCAUGUUCCUCAUAUGUUCCUCAUAGCAAAGCUCCACCCCCCUCUGGCCGUUAAUUCCUAUCAAUCAGACUCCUCCUGCUGCUAACAGCGGGUACUAAGUGCAAACUUCCUUUGGGCUCUCUGUUCAGUGAUUCGCACAGAACAGGGGUCAGCAAACUUUUUCAGCAGGGGGCCAGUCCACUGUCCCUCAGACCUUGUGGGGGGCCAGACUAUAUUGGGGGGGGCAUGAAUGAAUUUCUAUGCCCCACAAAUAACCUAGAGAUGCAUUUUAAAUAAAAGGACGCAUUCUACUCAUGUAAAAACACGCUGAUUCCCGGACCAUCCGCGGGCUGGAUUUAGAAGACGAUUGGGCUGGAUCCGGCCCCUGGGCCUUAGUUUGCCUACCUAUGGCAUAGAACAUCUGCUUCUCAGAGAGGGAGAGGGCUCUGGUAAACUGUUCAAAGACAGUGUGUCACUUGGCUGCUGCACAGAUUCUAACACAGCUGACUCCUGCCUCUGUUCAAUGCCACCUUGCUCCUGUUUUUCAUCACUCAUUAUUUCCCAACUUCUUUCUUCUUCUUCUUCUGGGGUGUGACCUGUCUCAAACCACAAGUCUAGGUCUAUACUCUCUGCCCCUUCCUCCUCUCCAGAAGGUUCCGGGGUUCCUCCACCAGUCCUCCUCACCUGCCCAGUCCCUGGCAGAUGGAGCCAUUUCAUGCAAUACACACAUGGAAGAGGCGGGCAGGAGGGAGGGAGACAGGCCAAAAUCUGUGACUUGAGCACAGCCAGGCCUUUCCCUUCAUACACAAUGGAUGCCUGUUGAAUGCAUGUUUUACCUGAUCCAGCACAACAAGCAAACAGGGAGAUGGUUCUGCUCCGCCAACUUAGGGCAUCUGCAGCCAACCAACUGAAGUUCCCCCCUCCCCCCCCCCAAGAGAUCAAGCUGCUAGAAUUUUAUCUAGUGGAGAGAGGGUGGACAGUAGCAGUUUUAAUGAAAAAGAGAGUCCUCCCUCCCCAAAUCCUCAAGGGCUCGCAAUCUAGCUAGCUAACAUGAACACCAACCAGGCACAAAGGAGGACAAAGAAACAAAGGAAUUGGGACUUUUUAGUAGUGAAGAGUAAGUGAAGGGCCUCUGUGGAUGCUCUCUGUAUAAUAGUGCAACAAACACACAGCUGUUGUACAUCAUUACUUUUUUUUUUUUUUUAAUGUCCUGGGAUGGCAGAAGAAACCGAGAGCAGGGGGAAAUACCAAGAAAAUGUGCAGAAGGAAUAUGUUUCCCGGGGACAGAGUUGCUGUUGCAUGUUGAUCAUUUUUUCCUAGCGUUCAAAUGUCAAUACUUUGUUGCUGAAAAACACAGCUCUCCCACUGAUCACCAUUUAGUGCACCUCUUGCAAUAAUUUGCAAAGUUUGGUUCAGAGAGUUUGCCACAGAUACUUGUCCUGUGGCUGGAAUGUUCAUUCCCCCUCUUCUGUUCUGAAGUAAACCUCUUCUGUUGAUGGCAGAGGAUGUUGCUGCUGCUGCUGCUGUUAUGAAUUCAGAUUAUACAGGGCAGUUUUUAAAAAUGCAGGUGAUUUACUACAUAGCUGUCAUCAAUAGUUAAACAUCACAACAAUAUUUUUUUAAGGUCCAUUCUCAAAAUGUAUUGCAAAAAUAUCGCCAGCAGCUCAGAAGCAUCACUAAUAUAUGAGGCCAUAAGAACCAGCUCAUCAUAUUUCAGCAAAUUCCCUGGGAAAAGAUGAAAGUCCUGGCGCUAAAGUAAUAUUAAUGUCAGCAUCUGGCAGGCCUUGCAUGGGAGAGCAUUCCCUACAUGAGGGACAACUGAAAUGGCCUUCUCCAUUGUUGCCACCUUCCAAAAUUCCCAUGUAAGAGGCCACCUGAAGAACAUACUCAGGUGCCAAUCUUAAGGUCCAGGAAUAUCCAUGUCAAAAGAUGUGUUUCAUUGAGUAUUUGCAUCCCAAGUUUGAAUAUUGUUUAAUAAUAUUUUAGCCUUAUUUGAAGGAUGGGAUUGGCUUAGGCCCUCCUCUUUCUAACUCUCCCUCUCUCUUAGCUCACUGCUUUCUUCAUGUACCGAUGCCAACUCGGUUUAAUUCAACAUGAAGUGAGGCAAGACAUUUCAGAAUAUAAUUAUCUGAGAAAAACAAUUGGGGAAAAUUCACCUCUCCCUUCAGAAAUAUUCAGCAACAUUUCUUCCCACCCACACCACAGUUUUUCUGCCCUAAAUAGAACAGAUGGGGGGGCAUUUCCCCUUAGCUCUGAACUGGGCUAUGAAUUGUACUUAUAGCAAGCACAAAGGUUGGAAAACGAUAGAAAUUAUUACAUUUUUAAAAUGGCACCCUUCUGUAAAGAAGCAUCUCCUGUUUUAUCUCACAACAACCCUGUGGGGUAGAUUUGGCUGAGAGAGGGUGACUAAGUCUAAAAUCACCCAAUGGGGUUCAUGACAGAGUAGAUAUUUGAACCCAGAUCUCUCUGGUCCCAGCCCAGCACUCAAGGCACUUAGAAUGGAGGGGGGCAGGCUUGGAAACCAUCAAGAUAAAUCACAUUUUGGUAUAAAUAUGUUCCAAGCAUUGUCUGCUAGUUUUCUUUCUUCUAUAUCUUCAGAUGAUCUUAAAAGGGGAAACCUGCUUUCGAAACUAAUCAAAAAGACAUGUUUCCUUUAAAUAAUUACUAGCCAUCGUGUUAACUAGCUUUGGGACUUUUUUCCCAUAAGGAUAUCAGAAAUCCACAUGAUGUUCUAGUGGCCAUUGCAAAGUCGCGUUUCAACUUUCUUCUGAGAGCUUUUUUCCAUCUUGUUGAAAAGAAAUAUGCGGCAGUAAAAAUCUCGACAGCCAUUUGACAAUCUAUGCAAAUGUGUUAAAUAGCUUUGAAGCAGACAAGAAGAAAGGGUGGCUCUCCCAAUAAGCUUGGAUGCAUACGAAGUCCUUUCCAUAAUGAACGUGGCAAGAUUUUAACAAAGGGCAUGCAUAAUAAAAAUGUAAAUGAGUUUGCUUUACCAAAAGUAUAACUUUAAAGUCUUUUGUUGCGUGCUGUCCUGGAACUUUUCUACAAGGUUAUCACUGUUCGCAUGGAGAUUUAAACCAGAGUCUUCAAUGGCAUUAAAAAAAAAAAAAAGGAAACCCUUGGACGGCCUAUGUGUGACGUGCAUGCAAAGUUAUCUUAAUGUUCAGAAUAUGAAUUGCCUCUGGGUGGCUCCGGCAUGAAGCAGAAAAACCAACUGUGUUGGUAUCAGGCUGCCUGAUGGACUCCAUGUGGCUCCCAGCCUGGAAAUUUCAGCGAUUUGACGUCUGAUGUGCUCCUCAUGGCAAUGGCAGUGCUGUCACCGAGAAACGGCACAAAAGCGACAAGCCCCCCCCCUUUCUCCUUAGCCGCGCACUUUGCAACCCCCUGGAGUUGCCUGCCCAUGGCUUCUCUUGCCUGCCUAGUUACGGACAGCACUUCAUAAGCACAGAGAGAAGUGUGGGUGGAUAGGCCCCAGCUGCCUUCCUGGAUGCAGGCCCCACAAUAAAUUGGCCUGAAUGAUGAGGGCAAACAAACAGUAUGAUAUGCAUUAUUCCUGUCAAUAACGUGUCCCCAUGUGUUACAGUCUUUGUAUGUAGGGUUCCGCAGCCUUUCUUCCGGAAAGUUCUAUUUAGUCCCCUUAGUUCCCCCUCCCAUUCAUAUUAUAACUAAUAUGACAGGAUUCAGAAAAACGAUAUGAUCGCUUGCAUUGUAUAAUUACUGUGUGUGCCCCCACCCCACCCCCGCCCGGCGGCAUAUUUACAUUGUGUGUUUGUGGUGGUGUUUUUCCUCUUACGCCUCACGGUUUUGAGAACAGGCGGCUUCUUAAUCUUUCAGGUCGUACGUGAUUUAAUGAUUGAAAAAGAGUUGCUUCAGCAAGCAAACUCGGAGUUGAAAGGAGAAAACGCUACCCUGCUUGACAAGCUUAAACGCCUUCAAGAAGCUAUAAAACUCAAAGUGAAAGAAAUGAAUAAUUUAGGUAAACUUUCCUUAUAGAACAAGAAACUGAUUUUAUUUUAUUUUAUUUAAUUUUGUGGAAAUUAUUCAGAGCCUAAAUUGAGCCAAUAACCAUACCAUGGUAUUUAUUGUCCCCCCCCCCAUUUUCUCUGUAAUUUGAGGUGGUCUUGAACACUUUCAGAAGUAGUAGAAAGUAACCUUGUUUCAGUGUAUGUUUUCCUUGUAUUUACCAAUGGGGGGGGGAGAGAGAGAAAUGUUGAGACUUCGUAUAUUUACAGUUCCAAAUAAUUAUGUUGUACAAUACUGUGAAAGAAUUUUCUCCAAAGUCUUCAUUUUAACAAAUACCUAUUAUUCUAAUAAACCAAUAGCUCAUGCCUGCUCCUAUGUAGUACCCAUCUGACGAUGAAGUAUAAGAAGAAAUCCAUUUUAGUGAGGUGUAUAAUAGACAUUAUAGUACAUCUGCUGCGGGGUGAUAUGCUAUGUUUUGCUAGUUAUUUCAAGGCAGAGCUGAUGUCCCAGAGCCUUAAUUAGUUAUAUAUUUUACCAAUUCCUCUUUUAGAAAAGGCUUGAAUUUAUGACAUCUUAAAAUGUGUGCGCAUUUCUUUUUUAUUUCAUGAAAUUUAUAUUCCGCUUGAGUAUUUAAAAAACCCAUCAGAAUACAAAUAUGCAAGUGCUAACAUGCUUUUUAUUGUUGCAUGCUGGAAAGUCAGAAAUGUCUGAGUAUAGAAGGGUUGUUGUUUUUUAACCUUUUCUAUAAAAAAUAAAAUAAAAUAUAUUGCCUUCUGGUCUUCUAGGGCAGGGGUCAACAACUUUUUCCAGCUGUGGGCCGGUCCACCGUCCCUCAGACCAUGUGGUGGGCCGGACAAUAUUUUGAAGGGGGGGAAUGAACAAAUUCCUACACCCCACAAAUAACCCAGAGAUGCAUUUUAAAUAAAAGCACACAUUCUACUCAUGUAAAAACAUGCUGAUUCCUGGACCAUCCGCAGGCCUGAUUGAGAAGGCGAUUGGGCCGCAUCCAGCUCCCGGGCCUUAGGUUGCCUACCCCUGUUCUAGGGGCUCCCAAUGCAGUUAGCAUGCUUUACAGUGGUAAAGUGAUUAUUUGUUCAUUCAUUUUUUAAAAAGUAAGAACAUCCAUCCUAACAAUACAAAUGAAGUCAUUACGACAGCGUUAAUGGAAUUAAGGGGGAUAAAAGCAUCAGUGCUGUUGGACAAGAAUAAAGCAUGAAGCCAGAAUUAUACUCAGUGCUUUUUUUUUCUCCUUAAAAUUUUUUUAGGGGUACUCUCAUUUUGACUCAAGAAAAUCACCAUUUUAUAGAUCAAAUUGAGAAAAAUAAAUACAGUAAAUGGACAAAAGUACAAAGAUUCACAAAAUGUUUAGGGAUAUGCGUACCCCUGCAUCUCCCCAGAAAAAAAGCACUGAUUAUACUGAUGUGAUUUCAUCACCUCACAUUAUGGUGUCUUCUCCCCACCCCACCCCCAACGCUGCCCAAUGCUCAGAACCUUGGUCUGAGCAAUAAAGAACCACCUGCUAAAGCACUUUGUAUUAGCUGUGACUAACAGCAAGGAUGGGCAAGGCUAGUAUUAAUGAAAAGCAAUGGGCGUUCAGACACACUUGGCUCUUGAACUUAUUUCUCCCUCUCUCUUCUCUGGCCAGCCAGCUGAACAGCGGGGAGAAGGGCUGCGAAUGUCAAGGGCAGUUAUGAAGGUCACCAGUCUGCCACUGCCUCCAUCCACCCUGCAUUCCAGUGGGCUCACAGACUGACCUGUAGUGCACAAUAUGAAUCUCUUUAAAUAGCCAUGUAAUUUCAUGGUCUGCUUUAUCCCACCACCCCUUUUUUUCCUGCUUCUUUCAGAGUCUGAAAUAAAACAUAUGCAGGACAAAAGGCAAAACGAUAUGAAGACAAUCGAGAAGGUACUGUAUUCCUUUAUUUAUUUAUUUUGUUGACAGUGAUGGAUUAACUCAUAGAAAGAUGCAAGAGCCUGGGAGUCAUUCGCCCCCAUAUAGCCGAAAGGAUGUUCAAAGGCUGGCCAUCCUCCUGCCCCAGCUUUUGAGCUAUGUUUUAUAUUAGCCCCCUUAUUGUUCGGAGAUCAAACAAGCUGGUGUUCUUCCUUUUAAAAGAUGCAGCUAUCGAGGGGCUUGAACUGGGAAAUCUCAGAGUCCCAAAGCUGGAAGUUACCUGGGUCAGGUGUGCAAGGGAACAAGCUUGUGAAAUUUCAGUGCAGUACCUGCAGUUAGCAGGGACAGUGUGAAAAAUGUGGAUUUGACAUGUCUAAUAUCAUUCUGUCCAACAGCAAACUCAGGCUGCUGAGUGUCUCUUGUGAAAUUGAAAUGGCUCCACCACAAAAUAACAGGGUGGUUUUUAAAAACUUCAUAGGAAUGCAGUUUGCAAAUCAAAUGAAAAAUAAUGUUUUAAAGUCCCUCAAAAGGCCUGACAAGCACCUGUGUAGUCUCAGAACUUACAAAAUGUUGAUACUAGCUGGGCCUAUAGAGUGGGGAGAAUGCAGAGGGUGGGGAACCUUUUUGAGCCGUAGGGCUGCAUUCGCUUGUAGGGAACUUUGCAGGAGACAGAGAUUUCCCCUUUCCCAUGGGCUUCCUAUCGCUGCUGUACCAGUUACACUGGCUGCCUGACUAUUUCCAACAUGAAGGUUUACUAAUCUUAGACAACACUUGGAUUUUGGUGGGUCUACAAAGGCAUGUUGAGUUAUAAAGCCUUACGCAGCUCAGGAACUCAAUACCUUAAGGACUGCCUCUCUCCAUGUUAACCAGCCUGGACCCUGCUCUUGUCAUUCAAGGCUCUUCUCUACGUCCCCUCUCCUCGAGAGGUUCAGAGGGUGGCAACACGAGAACGGGCCUGUUUUGUGAUGGCCCCUGCAUCUGUGGAAUGGUCUCCCCAGAGAGGCCAUCAUUACAUGUCUUUAGGCACCAGGUGAAAACAUUCCUGUUACCCGGGCCUCUGGCCAUCAAAUAAUCUAUGGUCUGUUAACACUGUGUGGCGGGGGGACUGUUAGUAUGACUAUUUUAUUAUUAUGCUGUCUAUUAUUAUGCUUUGUUUUAUGUUUUUAUUAUUAUUCUCCAUAAAAUAUCUUUUUAAUGUUGUACACCGCCAUGGGUUCUUUUAAUAAACGGCAGUAUAUAAAUCAAAUAUAAAAUAAAAUAAAAUAAGCCCCACCCCCACCACACGUCCUUCAUUAUUAUUUGUGCUUACGAUGGUAUAUGCGAUCCCACUUUCAAUACUGUCUGCUUCUGCAAAAGUUUUGGGGAUGGACAUACUGCUUAGUUUCCUAUCAGUGCAUGUCCCAUAGAUUCCUGCUGAAAUCCUGUAACUUUUAAACAAGGUGUUUUGUUUUGUUUUGUUUUGUUUUGUUUUGUUCUCAUUUUCUUGUGCUCCUCCAGAUGGCUAUAAUGUGGUAACAUUGGGGAAGCAUCACAAAAAUAAUAAAGCAGAAUGAUGACAUGUGGAUGGUACAGUAUGAAUCCAUCUCUAAUGCGCUAUUAUUGAAUACACCUGUGGCGGGGGACGGGACACCAGUCUAGAGGAGCUCUUUGGAUGCAGCUCACAGUGGUACCGUCUUAUAAUCUGAAACCUCACAGUCAUGUUUUACAUUUUAGCUUCAGAACGCUCAAGAAAUCAUAAAACUGGAACUUGACAGGGAGAAGCAGAGAGUUCUAGCUAAAGCUCUGGUAAGUUCCUAGAGAAAAAUAUUAAGCUACUAAACAUCACGUUUGCUGGGUCUUGUUCAGAUAUUGCAUUAUCGCACCUUGUGCAUUUUUCCUCAUCUUUCCCUUCCCAGUAAAAUGGCUGGAAGGAUUGAGCUGGUGUCCCAACGUGAAAUGGAGAAUUCAUCCAUAAAUUUAGGUCAAGCUCCAUUGUGACCUCUCAAGCUUAUCGGCAUUAUUAUAUAACAAAAUGUGCUUCCCAGCUUUCUCAGCCACCUUGAAAAUGGGAGCAGAGGUGGUGUGUGAUCCUGAAGUUUAAAAUUCCGUUCUGAAUAUGUACAUGAGUAUCAGAUUACAAUCCCUUAACUGUUUAUUUUGCGUCUUUCUUCAGCUCUUGAAGACAAAUUCAAGGGUGGCACUAGAGUUUGAACUUGGAAAUUAGAAUUCUACUCUGAGUGUGCAUGCCAGAUUUAAUCUUCACUUCAGAAAAUCACAUUGUGACAUAUUCUGCAUUUUUUACCUUCUCCUUUAAAAUAUGAGUGAGGGGUUCAAGUUGGUAUUUAAAUGUGAAAUACAUAAUUACAUUCAUCAUUAAUGUACAUACGGAGUCUCAUUGGGAUAUCUGAGUGUCCAAGGGUAUUCUAUCCCAGUAGUCCCAGCCAGGGAACAAAGUUCUAGCCCAAAUAGGGCUAUGUAGUAGGCACAGAGUCCAGAGACACCACAUCACGUGUCAGUAGUACCAGUUCAGGAUCCAUGAUCAAAGUCUGGACAAGCUAAGGCCAGGUUCCAGCAAAGCAAGGUCAGACAAAGUAGAGAAGAGAUGCAGCAAGCAGAGUCAAGCAACUGAGAUGACAAGGUCCAAACGUCAAAUAAGCAAGGUAGGCAGCACCAUGGAUAGCUCCAAGUGGCUCCUAGGCUUAGGCAAGGCAGGCUUGAGCAUUGCUCCAGACACCAGUGAACCUAGACUGAGUUUUAAACAGGACUGCAGCUUCUUCUCAGCACCCAACUAUUUCAGAAGCCGUUGACACCUGUGGCAUGGAGGGGAGGCCAGAGUUCUACUACGGCCUCUGGGGAGGGCUAUGAAAUCUCUUUUGGCCAAAGAGACAGUGUCAUUGUGGACACCUCCAAUGCUGAGGAGGCAAGACAAUCAAAGGUUGGUUCAGAGGGCAAAUCCUUUUCCUUAUCUAAGAUGAGGCCUCUGAAUCCAUGUCCUUUUCCCUCAAGGAUGGGGAGUCAUUGCCUCUGGGCAUAGCAAAGGGAGAGAUUGUGUUCCAAUCUGUUUUAUAUCUAACCUGGUCCUCUGGAGAGCUAUGGCGCCACCUGGGCAGCACUUAAGUGCAGAAGUUUGAGACCCCACUCAGCAGAAUGUGCAGGAGGACCUCCACACCGAAAACUGGCUUGCUGCAUUACCACAUUUGGAUGUAAGCGAUGUAAUGUACGGUGCCAUCUAAAGAACCUAGAAUUACCUAAAUGAACUGCUGCUUGUAAAUAGUUUGCACAUAACACUUAGCCAAACCAGGGCUUAGCAUGAAUGAGCAAUGUGCAGGUCGAUCCAAUGGAGCUGAAUGUUGGAACAUUCAGGACAAACAAAAGAAAGAACUUAUUUACAUAUUGCAUAGUUACACCAUGGAAUGUGCUCCAGUAAGAGGCAGUGACGGCCACCACCUUGGAUGGCUUUAUAUGAGGUUUGUUUGUUUGUUUGUUUGUUAUACCACCCUUCAUCCAAAGAUCUCUGAGAUUAUAUGAACUGAUAGGGGAUAUGGCUAUGAAUGGUUACCAUCCCUGACAAAUGUGUUCUUCCUCCAGUGUCAAAGGCAGUGUGCUUCUGAAUGCCAGUUGCUGGAGGGAAGAAUUCUGUUGUGCUCAGCUCUCGCUUCCCAUAGUUCUCUGGUUAGCUGCUUUGAGAAAAGGGUGCUGGACUAGAUAGGUCACUGAUCUGAUCCAGCAGGCUCUUCUUAUGUUCUUAGCCAGGUUCCCAGAUCAAAGGUGGCAUCCGAUGUGCUCCUCCCCCAGUCCUCCUGCUGCCCUGCUACUGUGGUUUGGCUUAGCAUUGAAGCUGAACCUGGACUCAGUUGACUGGACUCCUGUUAUUCAUGAGCACAAAUCACCCCAUGCAUGAGAUAAGCCAACAGGUGCAAGGUCAGCCAAGUCAGUUGCUAUGGCAAUGGCCCAGUGCUAACUACAUAAAUGAUUAAGGCAUGUCACUCAGUGGGUCGCAGUCUGCAUUACAUCUUGAAUUGCUGAAGCAACAGAAUUUGUAUUGGUAUGUGUGUAUCUGCAUAGCCUACAAGCUGAAUGUAUAUAUCAACAUCUGGAACUGUAUUACUGAAGCCUUUUCUUCGGUAGCAGCAAACUAUUUGGGACCUUAAGCUGCCUCUGUGUGGUGACUGGAAUUGGGUGACAACUUGUAGGUGUCUCAUUCCAGCACAGUAGCAGCAGAACCUGGGGUGGAGUGCAGCAGCCACAAUUUUCACUCCACAAACCUGCCUGCAGAGAAUGGGAACACAUUCAAUGUGGUUCUCAUUUAAAGGCAAACUUACCAAAUUUUCACUUUUUGAAAACAGUAUGUGAAUUGAAAAAGAGCUAUCCUUCAAAAUUCACACAUCUGAAUAUUGCAAUCCAGUUCUCUGGCCAAGUAAUGUGUGCAAAAAUGCCUAUACAAGGGUAAACUGUGCAUGCAAAUGCAUAUAUUAGUGAAAAUAACAUACACAAAUGCAUUGUAAUAGAGGAGAUUGUUUUGCAAAAUGUGUAAAUUAGGAGAAAUUGGACGCAAGAAUACGUAUAGUAGGAGAAAUUCACACAAAAAUGUGGACUACUUUUCAGGUAGGAUCUUUUUUAAAAUUUGCAAACUGAUGUAGAAAUGUGGAGAAAUGAACUUUUGAUUGGAAGAAUGAGAACCUGAAAGAAACCAAAUUGGACAUAUUUGUCCAUCGCCAAGCUUUCCUUUCUAGUUAUUGAACUUUUAUAAACAAUUUAUUCCCGCAACCGUGUUGAAUUUUCUUUUGUCUUUGUAUUUUUAAGGAAGUGAAAGAAGCACAAGAAGCUGUAAAAAUGGCAGAGGCUGCUGCUGCUGCCGCUGCCGCUGUACCAAAGGUGAUUUUUACUUUAUUUGUUGUUUAUAUUCUUAUUACCUAAUGAUAUGGGAUGUACCUGAUAUACAUUGUAUGGUAUGCUUGACUUUGGGGCUGAGAGAUGGAGGUGGAGAGAGGAUUUUAAUGAAUGUUGCCUAAAAGCACAGCACAUGCCAGUCAGGCUGGAAUCUUCGCACACACAAAUUGAACACCCUGCAACCAACCAUACCUUGGGGCCUCUGAUCUCUCGGUCUGCCAGAAAAAAUAAAACACCUAUCCACGCGACACUGAUUAAAACAGCUCCACUCAUAUACCAUGUAAAGAAUGAAAGUUUAAAGUCUCCCUCACCUCCUCCGCUUUCUGCCCUCCUAUUUUCCUCUUUCUCUGUUUUCUCCUCUCCUUCUCCCUCAGUCCCACAUUGCCUACAACAAAAAAUGUCUCAAACUGACUGUAAAUGACAUGUAUGAAGGAUUCUGUGAUUUGAAAACAGAGACACUGAAUGUGCUUUUGUUACUUAUGGAAAAUCUUACAAUAAAAAUGUGUGUGUGUGUGUGUUGUGUUAGAAGUUGUUGGAGAAAGCCUGCUCUCUGAGGGUUGCUCUUCUCCUCAGCCACCUCCACUGUUGCUGCUCUGCAAAUGGCACCGCCCACAGCCUGCCUUUUGGCAAUUCACUCCAUUUCAGUCAAAGUCUUGGUUGCCUGCCUCAGUGGCAGCAAUGCAACCUAACACGGUGGAAUGCAGAGCUGCAUAAGGGACAGCAAGACGGCAGGGGCGCCUUCCCUGCAAUGGUGGGCAAACUUGGAGAGAAGGGAAAGGAAGGAAUGAAAGAAAGGAUGGAGACAGAUGGAUCUUCCACAUGAGGGAAGGGAAAGUGAGGUGAGUCUCCCUCUUCAGUUAAUUGGUCUGCCUGGUGAAUGCAUUUCUCAGCAGAGAUGAGGACCCCAGUGCGCACACGUCUUCUCUUGCCCUUGGUUCCCACUGCAGAUGAGACUCGCUUGCCAGCCCAGAGCUAAAGACUUCUGAGGCAUGAGACUCCCUGGAAGCCCCACCCUCUGAACUUGACAGCCUCAACCCCUCAACCUCAGUGUUGUUUAUUAGGGUUGUUUAUUAGGUGGCAAGGGAAAGGCGCUAGCACAAGUAACAUUUCAACCAUGAUUUUUCAUGAAUGGGAGGUGGCCCCGUUGUCCCUUACUGGUGUCACGCCCCUCCCCCUGCUGUGUCGCCUCAUCCUCCUGUCCUUGCAGUGAGACACUCUGGGCAAUGCCCAGUGCUUUCCCGCCUUCCUCUUCCUCCCUCUUUUCUCAGUGGGCAGCUGUGGUGACAGCGCCCUUCCUCUCCCUCCCUCACAACUGGCAGAGGGGCAGGGCAUGCACAGGUGUCUCUUCGCAGCCAUGAGAAGGAGGAGGAGGCACCGCCCCUGCCCCAAAGGCCCGGCCUAGGCACAGUUUGCCUCCCUGUGACUUCAGCCUUGAUGAGGGAGCCUGUUGUCAGGGCUUCUGGUUGCGUCCCCUCAGCAAUUUGUGAGGCUCCCCCACCACCACUAUGCCACUGCUUUUAGAUUUUUAAAGUAAGAGGUUCUUGCUUAAUUGUUCAUCUUCUCAAACUCUAGUGAGGUUUCCAAAGAUAGUUUUGUACACAAGGCAUGUUUCUUUCAAUUGACCUAGUAUAAAACAAAUAUCUCCAUGAGAUCAUGUGACUCAGAGCCUUAUCUGUUGUGGUCUCUUUUCCCUGGAUGUUCUCAGCAGUGCUUAACUUAAAAGGUGGAUGCAGUGGGUGCCUUUUAAAUAACAAAAUGUUACUUUUAUAUUACUUCACAAAAGACAGGGUGAAUUUAGAGCUGAUAAACACUGACUAAAGGUUAUUGUUACCUUACAUCUUCCUCAAACUUCAAAUAGUGGCACUCAGCAAGCCAAGUACUCAAAAGUUAACAUCUAAAUUCAUUUAUAAAUCUCCCUGGCUCUUUGAAGCUGUAUUGCCCGCAAAAGGUAUUUGACUUCCUUUAUUAAUCAAACUGAUAUUUGGGGAAGUGUGACAUUCAGUGGGAAAGCCGCACAUGCUGAGAUUAGCUGAUUCUAAAAACUGUUCCAGAAGAAAGGACAGAAAUAUGGCCAGUUAAUUAUAAUGUGCAAAUAGUUUCAAAAUAUCUGUAGUUUGUACUGAUAAAUAUAAAAUGCAGUGUGUUAUCAAGCUUUCUGUUUGCUGUGCUUUAGGAGGCAAGCUAGUAACCCCAUGCAUCAGUGUCAUUAAUCCCUUAAAAACUAUUCCCCAAUAAAUUACCCUGCAGGAUCACUAGCUGAUAAAGUAUAAAGCCCACUGAAAGUAAUAUGGCUUAGGUGAGUCUUAACUCACUUGCUGCGUGCAUUUCAGUAGGACUUAAGCAUCACUAACUUUCCCUGGAUAGGGGCUAAAGGGUUAAUUUUUGGGGGGAGGGAAUCUACGUGAUUAAUAUUUUUAGACCAACCAACAGAGCAAAGAGAUGGUAGUGACAGCUGGAUUCUUGGAGGUGUGGCUCAUCCAUAACUAGGGGUGUAGGAAAGCAGAAAUUUCUGUUCCAACAUGUAUUUGCCACAAUUGACACUUUCCAUUGGGAUUAUGGGAAUUGUAGUUCAACAAUAUUGAGGGGGGCACCAUGUUGGCUAUUCCUGCAAUAAGGAGAGUUUAAAAAGCGGAACAUCGUGGCCAGGAUCCGAAGGUCAGUAAUCUGAAGGGAGCCUCAGGUUUAUAUUUCUUAAACAGCUCCACCAUGCCACAUGGCAAAGCUCAUAUUGUUAAGAAAUGUUGAUGUAUAUUUUAUUACCUUAUUAUUUAUUUUAUUUAUAUACCACCUUUAUCUCCCAACCAUGUCAAGGUGGUGUACAUGGUUCUUCUCCUUCGCCCCAUUUCAUCCCCUUACAACAACCCUGUUGAGGUGGUUUAAGCCAAGAGAUGGUGACUGUCCUAAGGUCACCCAGUGAACGUCACAGCUGAGUAGGGAUUCAAACUCUCGUCUCUCAGGUCAUAGUCCAACACUCUAACCAUUACACCAAAACUGCUUAGAGCUUUUGAUGUUUCAACGGUAUAUAAAUCCUGGUAAAUAAAUCAAUAAGAAUAAAUAGUAAACUAAAAAAAAAAGUUUCUUAUAUGAUAUGAGAGAGGAGUUCAAGGGGGCUGCUGUUUAAAGGAACUGGGAAUCAAAAAAGCCUACUGGGCAUGACCAAACCAUUUGGGUGCUCCUAAAGUAACUUUUUUGGAUCCUAGCCAUCCUGUUGGGAUUUUUUUUGUAUUUAUGCAUGUAUAUAUUAUUACAUAUAUCCCACCUUUUAUAUCCCCUAAGGAGCUCAAGGUGGAAUACAUGGUCCUCCUGCUCCUCAAUUAAUCCUCACACGACCCUGGGAAGUCGAUUAAUCAGAGGGACAGUGACUGGCCCAAGGCCACCCAGUGAGAGCUUAAUGGCAAAGUGGGGAUUCAAACUCUCCCUUGUCCUAGUGAGGGCCAUCCCUGUGAGGUGGCCAUGGCUGCUGAUCUGGUGACUGCGUCCUGAGUGGGGUUGUCUAUCCAGGGUCGGAAGUGAGAGCUGCAAGGAAAACUGGAGCAGAAGGUGUGAGUGAAAGUGAAAGGAAAGUGAUAUCAUUGAUCAGAUAAUGCUGAGGGCAAUGUCGCCUGAACAGUUUCAAAGUAAGAAAUAUAUUAUGAGGCCAUAAUAAAAUUAUGGGGCAGAACAAUCCAUUAUUAGAUUACACCAUCCUUAUAAUGAAUUUAAUGGUCGACUUGCAAUGCUUUAAAUUAUCAUUAAUAACUUGAAAAGGAGCACUAGCUUGUAUCCGUCAUUAGUCAUACUCAAGAGUUGACCCAUUCAAAUUAGUCACCAUAACUGACUUAGGUCCAUUAAUUUCAAUAGGUUUACUCUAAAAGUUAGCUUGAUACAACAUUUCACUACUACAUGAAUUCCAUAUUCUUGAAUAAUAUAGAUGCUGCAAGGAACCAUUCCUUGUUGCAAGCAUCACCUAGAAAUAAUUGGCACUACCUGCUGUUCCUGCUGUUGCACAGCAAUGGGGCUAGCAGUGAUUGGCCAGGUGUAACCUGCUUCUCGGUUCCUAGAUCAGAGAACUGAUUCUCCUCUGUCUAGAGCAGCCUUUGCCAGCCUGCUGCCCUCCAUAUGUUUCAGCAAUUGGGAGCUGCAGUCCAAGACAUCUGGAUGUCACCAUGUUGGCAGAGGCUGGUCUGGAAGCACCUGAAUGAUGAACAGAUUAAGAUCCCUGGGCUGAAGCCCACUUCAUGCACACGCGUGGCAGCAUGGUAGAAGCUUCCCUAUGGUUUGGUCUCACAAAGCUCAGGAGUGUGAAAAUUUCUCAACCAUUUAUGCAGAACUGACUGUGUGGGUCUUCAUGCACUGCUGUGUGCCCAUUGUGAAGAGGGGGCGAUCUUUAACCCCAAAGAAAUAAUAUACUAGUAACAGGAAAUAGGAUAAGGUAUGGAUUGCACUCAACUCUUUCACUGUUAUAUCAUGAAAAAAGUAUUGGUGCCAAUCAGAACCUCAGAGUCUCUGGGCCGCUCUCCCCGCACCCCAGCAUCCCUGCUUAAUUUGCUGAUUAUGUCCAUUGCUACUGUGGCCUUUAUGUGAAUAAGUCAGCAAAUAGCACUAUCUAUCUGGGUAAUUUUGGCUGGUAUUCAGAGGUAUACUGGAAGGCAUCCAACAAGGUUCAUAAAGCAGCAUGAGAGAAAAUAGAAUACAAUUACUGUUAAGCACAUAUGCGCCUUAUUCAAUAUUUAUCAUCUAACACAGAUUUGGCGAAGUCGCUUGAAUUGUAGGCAGAUACAGUGGAGGGCACCUGCAGCCAUUUCAAAAGGUUUGCAAAGCCUUGUAUUUGUAUAUAUCUGAGUUGUGUUUGCGCAAGGAAAUUUGCUCUUUUUUUAACAUGAAGAUAUAAAAAAAGCACAACAGGAUUCCUGCGUUUCACAGAAAGUUCAGUCACCUCUAAUGAAAAUCUUACUUUCCGCUAACUACUGAAAACUGAUUAUAUAUUUAAGAAAAAGAAAUGGGUUUGAAAUAUGAUAUAAUAACCUCAUUCACCUAAGGACCAGUUCUUAACCUACCUGAGAGUUUCUCACAUGUUUAUAAUAACAAAUUUUACGGUUUUGUUUAAAUCUGAGCAAUGCCCGCGAUCCAAAAAAGGCUAGCCUAAGGAUCUUGACAAUCCUGAAACGGGCUGCUGUGUGAAAAUAAAUAGCUCAUAUACCUCAUGCAGUUCAAGUCCAUAUUUCCUUGACAAUUUCAAGUUGCGUGUUUGAUGCAUGUUGUUAAAACUUUAGGCAAUGUCCAUAUAAAUGCUAUUUGUUGCUUUAUUGAUAAAUUUCUGUAUUUGUCUGUGUGUGCUUGCAUACAUUAGAAUAUUUUUUUAUGUAAACUACUUAGAGAUUCUGUAUAUUAAGUGGUGUAAAAUAUAAUGCAAUACCAAAACAAAAUACAAAUAGAUGUGUUCUGUAUUCCCCAGUAGCUUUCAGCACAACCCUAUACAUGUCAAUUCAGAGAAGGCCAGCUGGGCUUCCCUUGGGAGGGCAUUCCUGAUUCUGAACAUCGCCAUGGAAAAGGCCCUGCUGCUCAUGUCUACCUGCCAUACUCCCUGUUUGCAGAGCAGGAAGACAAUGGAUCUCAGUGGUGAGGGGGAUCCCUCUGAGACAAGGUGUUCCUUGAAAAUCUCCAAGUGUGAUGUCCAAAGUGCGCAACAAUAACUCAGGUUCGUUUAUUGCUGUUGUUAUUUUUUCACAGGUGCCCUCAGUGCAAGAAGGAAAGCUAGCAAAGAAGGGAAGGAAAGGACUGAAAGGGAAAGUAGUAAAAGCUGCUGCUGUCUUCGCUGCCGUUGCCACUGUCGCCGCCACCAAAGAGGCCAGACAAGCUGCCGCAAAAGAAGCAGAAUUGUUGGUAGGUCUUGGUGAUAAGGUAUUGCUUUAUUACUCUGAUCUAACGUAACUUGGGGGAAUAGACACCAGGCCAAGAUGGUUUGUUUUUUUAAGGACACUUCCAUCAGAAGGACACCUGCAUCCUCACCUGAUAUUUUUCAUCAGUCGUGUGUCCAAGACAGCUGGUGUAACCCACACACCUCAUCUCACUACCAUCCUUAAGAAGAGCACCACAUCUGGGUGCUUCCACAAGAACACAAGCAUGCUUUUGCUGAGAUUUUCACUGCCCGUGCUUUCCUUCUUUGACUUUCAGGACAGAUAGACCAAGACAAAUUGGUUGUGCCCAUUCUAGCCCUUUGCUCAGGGGUUGCAAUCCUACGUCCAGUCAGUUUUUAUGGAGAAUCCAGAUGAUGAUGAUGAUGUCAAAUCUUUACAAAAGAUUCCCUGCUAUUUUGCUACUUGGGAAACUUUGGCCUGCAGGCCUAAUUUGGUCUGGCCCAAGUCCCAAUUUGAUAUGUGAUGCCCUUCCCCACAAGCCAUGCCCACCCAUCCCACAGGAACAACCAAGAACUUAAAGUGAGUUUCCGAUUGUUCCUUUGCAAGCGGGCUCCCUGCAACCACUGAUCCUUUGCAAGUAGGGCUCUCCCAAGUUGGCCGGAUAAAGCAGUAUAGAUUCUAAGUGCUUCCUCUAGACAGAGCAUUUUUCUCCCUCUGCAGAGGAACCCUCAUGCUAAGUUUGGCGAUGAUAUCUCGAGAGGUGGCUGACCCUAUAGAGAAGAAAUGGACAGGCAGACAAACCACUUUCCAAAAUAUAUAGUAUAUUUGUCAUUGCAAGAUAUUUUAGAAUAUAUCGCUAUAGAAAAAUUGAGAUUUAAGUCAUUGAUUGAUUGAUUGAAAAUUAAUAGCAGUGACCAACUAUUAUUGUGGUUUUUGUGUGUGUGUGUGUGUGUGUGUGUGUGUGUGUGUGUGUGUUUAGUAUACAUGGCAAUCAAUGCAUGGCUCUCUUUUGUAAUACACUUGUACAGGGAGAUGAGAAAAAAGCCUUACAAGAAGAGAUAAAGAGGCUCAGAAAAUCUGAACGAGAUGCCAAGCUGCGCGUAAAGAGGUAUAUGCACAGGAAUUUGCUGUGUACACAAGGAUUUGUCACAUAUAUUAUAAGAUUUGUUAACUUCCACACUCACAAAACAUACCAAUGCUAUUUUCGCCUCUCUGUUUAGACUUGAACAGGAGUUCAGUAAAUCGAGUCGAUCUUGGGAAAUGAAGUUCGAAAUUCUAAAGAAAAGGUAUUAUUGCAUCCAAGAUGAUAAAAGUUCUGGAAACCAAACCUUAUGAGGAACAGUUGAGGGAGCUGGGCAUGUUAAGCCUGGAGAAGAGAAGACUGAGAGGUGAUAGGACAGCCAUCUUCAAAACUGAAGGGCUGCCACAUGGAAGGUGGAGCAAGCUUGUUUUCUGCUGCUCCAAAGGGUAGGACCUGAACCAAUGGUUUCAAAUUACAAGAAAGGAGAUUCCGAGUGAAGGUUAGAAAGAGCUUUCUGACACGAAGAGCUGUGUGACAGUGGAACAGAUCCCCUUGGAAGGUAGUUGACUCUCCUUCAUUGGAGUUCCUUAAAGAGAGAUUGGAUGGCCAUCUGUCAGGGAUUCUUUAGCCCUCAUUCCCACAUUGUAGGGGCUUGGUCUAGGUGAGCCUUCAGCUCCCUUCUAACUACAAUACUUUGAUCCUAUACCAGGGGUCAGCAAACUUUUUCAGCAGGGGGUCAGUCCACUGUCCCUCAGACCUUGUGGGGGGCUGGACUAUAUUUUGAAGGAAAAAAAUGAAUGAAUUCCUAUGCCCCACAAAUAACACAGAGAUGCAUUUUACAUAAAAGGACGCAUUCUACUCAUGUAAAAACACGCUGAUUCCUGGACCGUCCGCGGGCCAGAUUUAGAAGGCGAUUGGGCCGGAUCCGGCCCCCGGGCCUUAGUUUGCCUACCCAUGUCCUAUACAAACAACUGUGGGCACUCUCUACCCGCAGUUAAACAUUUCCCAGAUCCAUUGAUUUCAGUGGAAACAUACUUUUGCAUAUGUCUGGAUCAUACGGUUAACAUAAAUUAAUAAUAAUAAUAAUAAUAAUAAUAAAUAAUUUACUAUUUGUAACCUGCCCAUCUGGCUGGGUUUCCCCAGCCACUCUGGGCGGCUUCCAACAAAGAUUAAAAAUACAUUAUACAAAUAUAUAUUUUGGAUUGGAUCCAGAACUAUGUUAAUUGAAUUUAGCCCCACUGAAAUUGAUGGGAAAUUAGUUACGAUUUAAUCUAAAUCCCAUUGGUUUCAAUAGGAAGUAGGAGCAACUCGGUCUGGAUCUGAACUUCUGCUGCUAAUACUUAUAGGUGCUAGAGAGAAACCAUUAAGUGCAUAUUGGUGCAACUAGCCAUAUACAGUGGUACGAACUUAAUCCAUUCCGGAAGUCCGUUCUUAGACCGAAACCGUUCUUAAACCAAGGCGCGCUUUCCCUAAUGAGGCCUCCCGUCUUCGGUACCCUUCCACCAUUCGGAUUCCACUCUUAGACCGAGGUAAAGUUUGCAAACCAGGACACUACUUCCGGUUUUGCGGAGUUCGUAAACCGAAUCGUUCAUAAACAGGACUGUUCCUAAACCAAGGUACCACUGUAUAACCUUAAUUCAUGUAAAUGAAGCUUCCACAAGAAGAUAACGAAAACAGCUGUUGUACAUCAUCCGUAUAGCAUAAUUGGCACUAGGAAGCGUCUGCUGGUUAAAGGGAGUCAAAACUCCCGUUGAAUACAUAGAGGCUUCCGUAGCUCUUUGGGUACCAGCUUUAUCCUUGUUUGAAAAUAAAUGUUUGGGGUUUUGUUUUUUGUUUGAUUUUUUUUCUUUUUUUUUGGAAACUGCCUUUAAUUUAAGAAAUACAAUUUAAACAUUCCCAUUUAUCUUCUAGCCUACAUGCCAUUAAGGACGAGAUGUUUCUUAGACAAUCAUUGCGUCAAUCAGCAAAAUUUAGACACCCUUCGCUGGCUGAUAAGGUAUGUUCAGAUAAGCAGCCACUAAGGGCAGACACAUUGUUAGGUACUUAAAAACUUGGGGCAUGGGCAGAAAUUUUGCAUAAAAUUUGCAUAUGCUAAUUCACGUGUUUAGAUGCCUCUGGGAAAUUAAGUUGACGGUUGGUUGAGGCCUCUCCUGUUGCCCUGUAAGGAACUUGUUUUUAAAAAAACAGUUAAUGGAGGGAAUCCCCUCUUUCAAACCUCUGGUGUUAGCAAGGGUGAGGAAUAUAUAUAUAUUUCUGUUAAGGACUGCAUUUAUUUGGGGGUGAUCGGGGCAGGGUGGGGAAUCAGAUGCCAAUCGUGGGUAGGGCCAGAGCCAUAAGUGCUCAUGAAACCACUGUUUCAAAGUACUGUGAUCAGCACUGACCAUGGUUUAUAAAUAACAGAAAUGUCUCCUAUGCUCCUUCCAGACAGCUCCUCCUCUGCACAUCCAGCACCCUACAGGCAAAUUGGCUUCAUUUACGAGCAGCUUGUAUAUGCAGUAUGCUCCUCUGGUAUGUAGUUUGAUGUGUGCCUAUAAUAUAUGUUGCUUCGCUUCAGUGUCCUUCUCCUCACACCUGUCCACACAUUCCAAACAGGUAAACAGGCCCUCUCAAAGGUGAUACGGCUUUGGCAGCAUCCUGUGCACAAUCCCCCUUUGCCCACGGAGCUCCUGAUCCAGGAGGGGAUUCUGAACUUGGGCACAUAACUUGAAAGAUAAUUUAUAUUUAUAAUUUUAUUAGUUGUGUGUAUAUAAGAUGGUGAACAAAACUGCUGGUUCCUUUGGACAGUUUGUGUGCAUCAUAAGCAUUGAUAGAUGGCUGCAGGCACACACAAAUGAACACACACUGUCCUUUUUUAUGUGAACAAAAUAUGUUGUUACUGAAUCACAUCAUUAGUCCAACUAGGGCUGCAUAUACACCAGGCUUCCUCAACCUCGGCCCUCCAGAUGUUUUUGGCCUACAACUCCCAUGAUCCCUAGCUAGCAGGACCAGUGGUCAGGGGUAAUGUGAAUUGUAGUCUCAAAACAUCUGAAGGGCUGAGGUUGAGGAAGCCUGAUAUACACCAUAUAUUUAAAGUGCAUUUAAAGCGUGCGCGCACACACACACACAAGAAUCCUGGAAACUAGUUUCUUAAAAGUGCUGGGAACUAAAGGGUAAAUGAUAGUUCCCAGGAUUAUCGAAGUGACAGGGUGCUUUAAAUGUGUGGGGUGUGUGUUAAGUAUAGUUGUUUAGUUCACACUGAAAUGGAGAAUGCCUGUAUGUAUGAAAAUUCCAUUGAAGCUAGGGUUGCCGUAUUUUGAAGAGCAAAAAAGAGGACACCCAAGAGAAAAUGACUCCAUGAAAAUUAAAAGUGCCAGGGGGCGGGGUUUGGAUGCAGAGGAGAGGUAUCAUAUUAAAAAAGAAGGGAGGGAGGAAAAGAAGGAAGGAGGGAGCAGGAAGGAGGAAAUUGGGAGUGCAAUCUGGAGGGAGCCGUUGCUUCAGUCCCGGGCCUCGAUUCACCUUGCUUCCUUCCCCUCCCCUCCCCUCCACCAGGUCUGUGCCCAGCCUAGCCCCAGCCACCACCGCCAUCUCACCAGCAGACCCUCAUUGCCCGGCGGAUGCUCCAGCAAAGGAGGGGACAGGGUGGGGGAAAUGCUGGGAAGGAGGAGAGACAGAGAGAGGGGCAAGGCAGGCAAUCCAGGCAAAGCGAGAGCCUCCUUGCCUCACAUCACUCAGCAACCAGGGCACAAGGAAGCAGGGGAGGGCAACACACACACCCCCCGCAAAAUUUUGUCGAAUUCUAAAAAUCCACCCAGACAGAAUUGUUAAGCCUGAAAAAGAGGACAUCUCCGGGAAAAUCCGGACAUAUGGCAACCCUAAUUGAAGCGUACUGAAGCUCUCUUAGCUGUAACAGGUUGAUAAUUAACUAUUGAUGUUCUCUGCUAGCUUAUACAUGAGUGUUUAACCUUAGAUCAUGUGAUUAAGACAUUCAGUUGCAAAUCUCCAUUUUGAAAGGGAGUUGCCUUUGCCUUUUGUUCACAGUCAGAGAAACCUUGUGAUAAUGAAGUCUCUCCAGGAGCUGCAUAGCCUUAGGCUGGAUGCAGGCUAAUGCAAGCUGUGGGAGAGAGAGCUUUGAUUUUUGCUCCGGUCGUAAUUAUGUUAUAUACUUUAGAAGAAGAACCUAUACUUAGAUAAGCAUAUGUUUUAUGGAAUUAUCUGGGUGUAUCGUUGAUCGUUUUUGUACGUGUUUUGCAGAAGUUCUGGUUAGUAAAGCUUUGAAUCAUUUGCCCUCCUAAAGGGGUCAGCUUUUAUGCAUCCAGUUGCUUCAUGCUGCGGAAUAUUAAUAUCUGCAAUAAUGUACAUAGCCUAGCUUAGUACCACAGCACUGUCAGGUAUCGAACAGAAGCAUUUUCCAUUCCAUCAUUCAAGCACCCACUAAGCUCCUUUUAAGUAGAGAUGCCCAUGUGUGAACCAGGGACCUUCCACUUGUAAAAUGUGUGUGCUGCCCCCCAAGCUAUGUGCUUAUAGGAAACUGCCUUAUUCUAGGUCAGCCCAGCAUUGUCUACUCUGACUGGCAACAAGUAUCCAGGCUCUCAGGCAGAGGAGGUCUUUCCCAUCUCCUUAUUCCUGGAGAUGCCAAGGACUUUACCCAGAGCCUUGUGCCUCUGAAGCAUCUCUUCUACUACUGAGCCAAGUCUCUUCCCAUAAUCAGGUUGUGUUUAUAAACUGCUGAUACCAAACUCAUUAUUUUAAUACAAAUUUCUGCAAUGUAGGAGGAGUCACUGCCUUUAUAAUGUAAGCUAAGUCUGGGUCUUUCUAGCGUGAGAUUUCUCAGAAUGUUCCUGUGUGUGAGAAAGGUAUUUUUGUGUAAAGAAUGGUAUCACAAUUCAUAUUAUCCAUAACUGCCAUACUUCGUGAUGCUUAAAUUGUCUAGAUUUAUGUUAGUUACCAUCCUGGUCGACCAAAAGAUGCAGUUUAAUUAAAAGGUUCCUUUAAUUUAACUGUGCAAUGGGUUUUGAGUGACUUUAAAAAUAAAUAUUCCAUGUUCAGCCCAAGAUAGGUUCUCAGGCAGAUUCAGGUUCAAAUGAAGACGAAGAAGGCAUGGAUAUUGAGAAAAUCCCAGUUCUGAUUAAAAUUCCCAGUGCUUUUGAAGCUGGUAAGUAAUGACAUAAUUAUAUGUUGCAGAAACUGUUUAUCUUCAGUUAAACAUUACGUUUUUUCUGUCUUUUCUCUUGCUAUCAAAACUGGAUUAUAGUUGCUUCAUCUGAGGGGAGAAAUGUGUCCAAAAUUAUGGCAAUGGAACCAAUAAGCUUUAUGCGUUUAAAACUUUUAUCCUACCCUUUCAAAAUAGUACAGAAGGCUGUGUGCGAGAGCUAGUAUCAUAACCAUGCCAGAACAUGUUAAAAUACAUAUAACAAUUAAAGCUACCAUCCACAUCUAUGUGGGAGUAAGCACCACUGAGAUCUGUGCCGCUUGCUUCUGAGUAGACCUGCAUAUGAUAGACCUGCUUAAGACUAAAAGAAAGUGUUGGAAAAGAUAUGGAAACAAAGUCAGAAGAUAAGAUUCAGACAAUAAGUAGGCACCAGAGACUGAGUCAGAAGAGUUCAGUUUAAUUUUAUUUCAGAAGUAGUUCAGCAACAAGUAGAGGACCAAAGGUUCCCAACCGCUGAGCUAACAGCUGGCAGGUCACAUCACACAGGUUGCGUUCCCAUUGGCAGGCGACAAGCUAAAAGUGAGAUUCUAUAAACAUAAGAAGAGCUUGUGGCCCAUUUCGUCCAGCAUCCUGUUCUUACAGUGGCUAACCAGAUGCCUACAGGAAGUUUCAAGCCGGAACUGAGCAUAAUAGCACUCUUCCUCUCUUGCUGCUUCCAGCAACUGGUGUUAAGAAGCACAUUUCCUUUACUGGGGUGUUAGGGUGGGGUAAUAGCUCUGGUGAUGGUUGUUUGUGCUUCUUCUGGGGUACUUUGCCCACCUUUGGUCUCCACCCUGAACUCAGCUCUAACCUGUGGCUCCUAGAAGCUGUCAGCAUCCAACAGCAGCCACAUCCUGGGAAUGACUUGGACUGGCCUGCUAAACCAGGUGAGGGUAGCCAGUGGGUCUCAAACCCUCAGUGAGUUAGGGACUUCCCCUGCAUGUAAAGACGGGCUCCGGCAGAUUGAGCAGAUGAGACUAACAGUGGGUCCAACAGUCAAGCAGGCAGUUUCUGCAUGUGCUGUCCAGGGAAGUGAGGGACAUUUGGGGCUCAUCGACCUGGGAAGGUAGCGCAUCUAGAAAAAGGAAACUUCCUGCCUUGCAGGAUUUCUUUGGAAGAAGAAAAGGCUAAGGAGUAAACCAUAUAGAAAUCUAGAGUGCUUAGGUGGUGCCUUGAAUGUCUCCUUUCAGCAGCUCCUGCAGCCAAGCUGGUGCCAAAUGUCUUGCUCUCCUUUCCCUUGGACCACAUCAACGGGGCUAAGAGGAGGGUCUUGUCAUCUGGGCAGCCCACGACCUCCAUACACACUGCCCAGGCUUGCACCCAGGGGAGGUCACUUUGGUGCUGCUAACACAGCAGUUUGAAUUCACCCCCUCUAGGCGCACUCCAUUGUCUCUUGAGACAGAUGGAUGCAAACAACUGCCUUUAAAGGUAAAGGGACCCCUGACCAUUAGGUCCAGUCAUGGCUGACUCUGGGGUUGCAGCGCUCAUCUCGCUUUACUGGCCGAGGGAGCUGGCGUACAGCUUCCGGGUCAUGUGGCCAGCAUGACUAAGCUGCUUCUGGCGAACCAGAGCAAUGCACGGAAAUGCUGUUUAUCUUCCCGUCGGAGCGGUACCUAUUUAUCUACUUGCAUUUUGACGUGCUUUCGAACUGCUAGGUUGGCAGGAGCUGGGACCAAGCAACGGGAGCUCACCCAUCUCAUUAGGAAUAUAGGAAAGUAUCUUACAUCAGGACAUAUUAUUUGUCCAUCUGCCCAAGUGUUGUCUGCUUACUGGCAAUGGCUCUCUGGUGUCCUCAGGCUGAAGGCAUUUCAUAUCACAAGCUGCUGGAAUUGAACAUGAGACCUCCAGCUUGUGCUCUCCCCCUGAACUGUGGCCUGUGUCAGGGUAGCCAUUGUAGUACCUUCCAGAUGUUGCGGGACUGCCAUUCUCAUCAGCCCCAGCCAGCAUGGCCGGUGGUCAGGGAAGACGGGACUUAUAGUUCAUCUGAAGGAUGCCACAUUAUCUAUCCCUGACCAAUACACACUUACCUGGGAGUAAGCUUCUGUGUUCAGUGUGCUGACUCCCAAAUAAAUGUGUACACAGGAUUGCAGACUUUGCUCCUUUUCUUCCUUCCUGGGCCUUUGCUCUAUGCAAUUGAGCAGUGUUAAAAAUGGGAUAGCAUCUGAGCUCUUCAUUGUGUGAUAGAAACCUCAGUUUUGUUUUAUGUACUCAAGGAGACUUUUCUCACAGUCUGGUAGAGAGGCACUAUUUGCACUGUAAUCUUUAGAGACAGUCUUAAUGAGCAAGAAAGACACGAACCCCUAAGAUAAAACCACUGAGGAACAGCAACUCUUUCCGUGGCUUGUCAGUAGGAGAGAGCUCAAACAAAAAUAUCUGAUGCACAGAAGCAACUCCAGUUUUUUUCCUGAUAGAUUACACUGUUUGUUUCUAUUUCAAAUUACUUUGUCAGCGCAAGAAGAAGGGGUUAAGAGGAAGGUCACUCUUAACAGACAGUCACAGUGAAGGGAAUGACAAGGAGUUUCUAAUAAAUUUGAAAUCCAUAUCUCAGUCAUUCUUGUAACCCCUUUGAAGUAUAAAACUUAAAACUAUUAAAUCAUUCCCAUGGAUUCCCAACUGAUCUUCUCAAAGGAAUGUUUUCAGCAGGUGUCAGUAAGAGGAGAAAUGCAACACUGCUAGCUUGAAGGAGGUGAAAUAUAUGAUUUAACCAAAAUUAGGCUAUCACUUAAAGUUUUGAUGAUAUCCAUAAGAACAAUUAUUUUUAUCUAUUUAGAAAGGUGUAUAAACUGCUUAAUUAAAAAAACCCUAAGAUGUAUACAUAAAACAAUAUGAAACAAUAAUCAAUAAAACAAAGUUAAAGUUAGAAAAUGUUAGAACCAAGUGUGCAUAACUGAAGUAUACGUCCAUAUAGCCUGUCUGAGGUAAAUGAGUAUUUAGCAGGCAUCUUAAAAAAAAGCGAGGGUGGCAGCCUGAUCGUAAUAGACAAGGCAUUCCAAAGCAUAGCUGCUGCCACACUGAAAGGUUGACUCCUAGCAAAUGUGGAACAGGUAUUGUAAAGCUGAACUUAGCUGCCUGCUCAACCCGUUCGAUCUGUGGAAGUACAAGGUAUACUUAUUAUAUGGGACACCAAAAAUAGUAUUUGGCCAGAAAGAAAUCUGUAAGCUGUAAGCUGUCAGGCCAACACUGCACCAAACAGAAGUUGAUUAGCAGUAUUUGUGUUCCAUUGAACUGAAUGUAACCCCCCAAAAUUCAAGCUAACUCCUUUCUGAAUAGUUCCAACUCUGUGCUCUGUUUCUUGAUCACACUGGAGUGUGGCGAAAGGUUGGAGUGAGACAGAAUGAUCCAACUCAUUCUGCAUGAUGACAUAUAUCUCUAUCUACAUCUGCACAAACGCAUUGGCUCAAUUCUCCAAGCGCUAUCCUUUUGCUGUCAAAAUGGCAACCAGCCACACACAAGCAGGAAGUAUGAGUGGGCUUGGGGAACUCCAAUAUUUGCAGAAUUAUAUAUUUAAAAACCCCACAAAUAUUUAGGGGGAAGUCCAUAUGUGGGAGGGGGGGACAACAGCCCAGUUCAGACAGAGCGUGCUCAUAACGCCAACUGCCUGUUGGCAGGAAAACAAAAAAACUGCAUAGGGUGGAAGAAUGGAAUGAAGCAUUCUGGGAAACCGUUCACAGGAACGACUCCCCCCCACUGCAACAUCAUGUUGCAGUUCCCACUUGUCCUUUUCUAUUGCUUAUAGUGGCAACAUCAUGUAUAUAACUUGCUGUCUAACAUCCUUUCUGUCUGAAUUUUCAGUCAUUAGUUUGUGUUAAGCUCAUUGACAUAAAUGGACCGGAUAUGUAGGCAGUAGAGACUGGUCAGUCUGCCAGCCCCCACCUGUCUGUCUUCUUACUGGCAUCCAGUCCAGGAGGCACCCCUGGCUGCCAUCUUCCUCUUCUUGUCCUUGGGGGACUCAGCAGAGAGGAGGAUGGGAACAAACCUAAAAUUAGUUGGCUCCACCUGUGAUUAGCACUUGCUCCACCUACCUUUGGCCUCCCUAUCUUCUGCCCCCCCCCCGAACCAAUGGGCACCAGCCACCUCUGUAUUUGGGGGAGGGGUAUAUCAAAGUUGCACAGCCACCCUAAUAACUCUGAUUGUGGAGUGAUCCUAGCAGGGAUAGAAUCUGGGCAGUGGAUAUGUACUCUUAAAAGACUUGGUGAAAAUUCCUCCUUUCCCCAGCAGCUCCUACCUCCUAAUCCAUUUGUCCGUGGUUUCCGUUCACCAACAAUAUCAGCUCAACAUAUGCUUUAAAAACAGGAAACAGAACAGUUUUCUCUAUUUAAUCUGUGUCAAAAUAAAUCCUUAAAUAUUUGUCAAAGUUUUCUGAACACCUGAGAACAGUAAUUACUAAUAGGACUGCUUUAAAAAAAAAUCUUUCUUCAUUCAAUACUGUAACCAAUUGCCUAGUAAAAAUGAAAUCAAAAUCAAACAUCAUUUACUUGCUAAAGGCUCUAAUGAAAGUAGUGGAACUUGGAGUAGGGCACAUGUCACUCUGGACAUGCCAGUACCAUCGAGACUGAAAGACUGAUAAAGCUUUGGCUCCUGGUUUUUCUUUCUGAAAAGAGCUUAUUUAUUACAUUAACUGAUCUCUUUAUCCCAGCACAGGAAUGUCAGAUCCUGGAGCUGCAGUGACAGUAUCUUAUUGAAACAUUAUAGUGAUAACUUUAUCAGCAGUGUGUGACACAGGGUGACUCCAGCCCACAACAUGUGCCUUUGUCAUAGGUGUCUACAAACAUUUCAGAUAAAUUGUUUCUUUGGUCUGGAAAAAAGACAUCCAAUGUCCCUUUGGCUCUCUCCUCUGCAUAUCUCUUUAACUUUUUUUCUAUUUAUAUAUAUAUUUACAACGAUUUGAAUUUGCUGAGAGAUAAAAGCCAGGCUGAAUGACAAAAAAAAAAACCAACCCCCCAAAACCCUCACACGUAACAUUACUAGUGACUCUUUAAAUGGAAUUUUUCAUUCAGACUUUGACAUUAAACUAGAAAAGCCUUUUGGCUGUGACCAUACAAGCAUAAUAAAUUGUGUAUGUUUGCGAUACUGAAUGAAUCUUGCCCAUAUGCUGCGCUGCAAGGCUACAUGAAUGAAGCAUUUACCAAAUCAGGCCCACCACAUUAAACAGAAAAACAAUCUUUAUUCAUGGUAACUUAUCAGUUUCAAUUAAUCAACCUUAACAAUGGAAAUUCUGAUGUGUUCAAGCAACUUGAAAGCAAUAGGUCAUCUCCAGGGCAGCCAUGUUGUGUCUUUGUGCCUAUGGCUUCAAACAAAGCAACAUCUCCAAUAAAUGUCCACAUACAAUUCCAUAUUGGCAGCAUAGCUACUUUUAAACAUCUAAGCACACCUCGGGCUCUAAUGUACUGGCUCUGCAGAUAUGCACUGAGUUUGCCUCGGGUUUUGCUGUUCCCAAAUAUAAUUGUUUUCUAGUAUUUUUUUUGGAGCUCUGUUAAGUUCAAACAAAGGAAAAGACAUUUCCAUUGGAUGACCAUCCUUUCAGUUCCUCUGCUGCUAUGUGAAUAAGCAUUGUGCAAACCAUUCCAAUGGUAUUGAAAGGGGGUAACCAUUGGUUUGAUUUGGUUACACGGUUUCCUAAAGCGCUCCCUCCCACUGCCUUAGGGUCUGUGAAAGGUCCGUGACCUGUUUAGAACUGCCAAGUGAAAUGUCAUGUCGCCCCUCCCAAAGGGGAGUAUCUGCAUUCAUUUGAUCAGUAUAAAAAAUGAUUGGGGAUGGCGAGAUCAGUGCUUUUGAAUUGCAAUUUAUAGCAGUUUACAAAAAUGCACAUUGUUGGAAAAGAAAACAUGGAAGUGUUUCUUUCUAAAUUGCAUUACCUGUGAAAUGUCAUUAGUCUUUUUAGGAUAUUUGCAUCCAAUUUUUACUAUGAAAAACUCAAGAGAGGCUUGAAGUGAAGAAACAGGCUCCCCCCCUCCAUUGUAUUAACUCUUACUCCCCUUGUUCUUAUUCUGUAUUUAAUUUUGGCAUCCAAGUAUCUGGAAACUAAAGUUUCAUGCAAACUUCUUGUUUUAUUGCUGCCUUCUUUAUGAUAAUAGCAUGUGGCACUGAUUUCUCCAGCAUGACGCGAUGAUCGUAUCUUCCUACAUAGAGUUUAUGCAAAAUCAUUGUUUAAAUACAUUUGGUGUAUGUGUGUGUGUUACAACAGCAUCUAGAUUGAUAUUUUUUCUUUAUUCAGUCCCCAUACUCUGAGAUCUACGGAUGAAGAAAGGUAUAUAAAUUUAAUAAAUAAUAAUAAUACUCUUCCCAACCCUCCCUUUUUUGUAAAAAGCUUUUCAAGAUAUUCAGGCAAUUUGUAAAAAGUCAUUUGUUGCACUGGAACAAAUUGUUGUGACCAGUGUUUCAUUUAUAACUGCAGGCACAGCAGUUGAAAUAGUUUGGAAUCCCAUUUUAGGCUCCCUCUGUGUGUGUGUGUGUGUGUGUGUGUGUGUGUGUGUACAUUACACAGAAUAUCCAUGUGGUUUAUUCCCUAUUUGGAAAAGAUAGGUUAUCUUAAUACAUACAUAUUUUAAUUGCGCGCGCGCGCACACACAUUAUAAAUUCUGUGUUAUUUUCCUGAACCAGGAUGGAGAGCUCACAUUACAGAUGUUCCAGAAGUAGGCAAGUUUCAGAUGGGUUGGCUACAGCUAACUUCUGCCCUUUCCCUGCCCUAGAAUGAGAGGCUUACUUGUUUCACCUCCCAGCAGAGACUGAGGCUGGUUAUUUAUAGGGAUUCCCUCGGAGGCGCCAUAGGCACCUGCUUCCCAAACUCUGGAAGGUUCAAAGUAGGACAGCAGUAUUUCAUUAACUGGUGCAUAGGUGACGUCACCUGAUUAACUGCUAAGCCUCAAGACGUCACUUUCCACACAAGCAGCAACAUGUGGGUGAACAAUGAGAGGUUUCCACAGCAGCUGGAAUAAAAACUAACAUGUAAAUUAACGUGGCACGUGAAAGGACAGCAUUGGCUCCUUUUCUACAGCGUUCCCCUCUGCCUGAGAAUUUUCAGCUGGAUCCACAAUAGAGUUGCCACCUUUCUUUUUUUCCUUUUUCUCUACUCUGAACAGCUGCAUCGUGACAGAAGUUCAACAAGUAUAACUUUAUCUCAGCAUGACGGGAAAGGCUGUACCCAUUGAACUUCUGCCUUUUGCGCAAAUCUCAUCAAGGCAAAGGCUCUGCCAGGAAAAUAUAACCACCCUGAUUUUACCACAUUGUACAACAGGCUGUUCCUCUUGAAAAAUCAGCUCUGCCUGUCUCCACUUUAAGGACAACUUUUCAAAAUCCCCUCCCCUGUGCGAAUGUUUGAACAGGUGAAACAGCCCUCACUUCCACUCCCAUCACAAAUUAAUUCCUUGUAUGCAAGUCCCCCUUGCUUAAAACAGAAUGUGUUUCCAUAUGUGUUUAGUGCUCAGGUUGACAGUUGGCACAAUCCUAUACAUGUCUACUCAGAAGUAAGCCCCACAGACUUCACUGGGACUUACUCCCAGGUAAGUGUGUAUAGAAUUGCAGCUUUAAAGAUAGUGUGUUUCAGGGUCUGUCUUCAGGUCUGUCUUAGGAUAGUAGCCUUUCAUUAUGUGGUGUCUAUUAGCCCUGAAUUAUCUGUAUUCCAUUGGAAGCUGCCUUAUACUGGGUUUAGACCAUCUGUCCAUCUAGCUCAGUGGCUGGCAGGGGCUCUCUAGGAUUUCAGACUUCUUCCCCCCCCCCCAGCCCUAUCUGCAGAACCUGGGACCUUCUGCAUGAAAAUCAUGUGCUCUACCACUGGUGCACAACUACCACUAGCACUUAACACAACCCUUUAUUGUUCUUGCUGCAAGAGGCUAAGGUGGCUAGCCACCUGGAAACUGCAAGCGAGCACUUAGAGGUGUGCAGCCCAAUCCUAUGGAUGUGUUCAUGUAAGUGAGUCUUGCCCCUUUAAAAGCCAAUGGAGCAUCUCCACGCCAUCAAAAUACUAUACCAUUUUGAUGGCACAUUGAUUCCAGCCUGUUUUGUGUGUUUUUAAAUGAACUUGAAGCACAAUCAAAAUGAGAUAAGAGAAAAAUACCAACAAAAUAUUCAAGAGAAAGACCUGAAAUCUCUCUGAUGUUCUACCAGGUCUCCUUGUGGCACUGGCUUACACAUGGCAGGUAGUAUAGAGUUGAGGUUGGGGUAUACUAAACCCCUCAUGAAAUCUUCCUGGUCUUAGCUCAUGAGCAGGUGAUGUCCUGUCUGGUGGCAGGUGGGGGAGCAUCUGGUGGUGCGUGUAUUGCUUUGACGGUCUAUUGUCAGAGGUUUUCAACCUUUUUGAGUCCAUGGCUCCCUUGGCCAACUACAUUCUUUCUGCGGCACCCCUGUGGGGCUCAGGAGCCCAGUUAUGUCACCCCUUGCCUACAGAGCUGGCAGCCUCUUUCCCUUGUGGAGUGUUCCCUCAGCUUCCUCUCUUCUCCCCUUGGGAGUCCUCUGGGCAGCUGCUGCUGCCACCCCUGGUCUCUGAACUACCCUUCCUCCUGCCCCUGCCGCCCCAAAGAGAGGUGCCUCUUCACACUGACCCAAAGGGGCCUGGGACUUGUCUGUCCAUUCCCAACAGCAAGGGCUGGCAGACAGGCUGGCUGGGCUACCUUGCUUGCUUGCUUGCUUGCUUACUGAGGCUGCCUCAGCUCCUGGCAACCAGCACCCCCUGACCAGCCCCAGAGGCACCAUUCGCCUGCGGAGCUUAUAACCAGUGUUGCUGCAACAAACAGCUGUGCAAGCCUUUGGGAGGCAGAGACGCAAGAAGGCAUCAGAGGAGAGAGGGAAGGAAAGAGGGACAGAGGCCAGUGUUGCCCGCAGCACCCCUGGUCUAUGUAGUAGGUGCUACUGUUUUUUAAAAAAACAGUAGUGUUUUGUGGCACACUAAAAGCUAAUAGAUUUGUGUGGGAUUGUUGAAGGUGGCAGCAGGGACAUAGGAAGGGGGGCGGUGGGGGCGGUACGCAAGUGCCCUCACUGAGGGGAGUGACAUUUGGUGCGCCCCCCCCACCUGCCCAUGACUCCCAAGCCUACCCUGAGCUGUCGGGGUAAGGGGGGAGCUGCGCCACUUUGCCAGUGGCAUUCCCCCCUUCCCCCUUCGUUUUGACAGCUUGGGGGAGGCUUGGGAAUCGCAGGCGGGCAGUGCGCCAAAUGUCCACCAUGGGUGGCUUGCUCCACCCCCGUGAGGGGCUUCCUCCGUCCCUGGCUGCAGGGCGCACACACCACUCCAGACAUCCGAGCGGCUAUCCCACACUUGGGAGGGCACCCUCUGUGCCAUGCCCCCCUUGGGAGCAUGCCCACCCUGGGCAGCGCGGGCAUAUGCUCCACUUCUGGGUGGCAGGAGAGGAUAUAUUGUUUAUUAAUAUCCUUCCUAACUCGCGCUAGCAAGUUUCUUCACUUAGUGGAGUGCAUUCCCCUUCUUACGCAGAAGAAAGCUGGUUGCAAACUCGUGUGAGUUUCUUAAGACAAUAAGCAAUUCAAUCUGGCUUGUAUGCUCUAAUAUUCCUGAUAAGACCCCUUUUGAAUCCCUCCUAAAAUAAUAAAGAAACCACAGUCUUAUUCAUAAGUAACAAAAAGGAGUUUUACUCACUCCUGAAGGCAGGCUUAAGGCUUAAAGUUACAAACAUGUACAAACAGGUUAACCCCAUAUGGAAGAUGACCUGGGGAACUGCUGUGGCAGCCUGCAGUACAGUCCAGGUGAUGCAGGAAGCAGGCAGGACGAACAGGAAGGUCGAAAAGAGAGGAAGGUAGCAGCAUGACUUGGCCUUUUACAAGGUCUGGAAAGGUCAUGCCCACCUACUAGUCACAUGCAAGGAAGGAUGCUCCAGGCCAAGAAGAACAGGAAGUUUCAACUGGCUGGACCAAACAUUCCCUUGCAUGUCCACUCUAGCAAAACAAGGAAUGUUGUAUUUGAUUGCUCCCAGUGGAUUACAUCCCACAAUUUGUUAUGGUGGCAGAAGGUUGUGUAGACGUUAUCAGAUGUGGGACGUGCUCUUCAGGUAGACUUUAUCAAAUGUGGGACGUGUUCCAGAGCCCACAUCAACAGAUACAUGAAGUAGUAUCCUCUCCUUGAAUCUGAUGUAGACUCUGGUCCACACUAAAACUUAUAUGCAGUGUAAUCCUACACGUGUCUAUUCAGAAACAAGUCCUGCUUUCCUCAGUGGUGCUUACCUCCAGGUAGGUGAUGCAGUGGCUUGCAAGCCUUACCCUUCAGGGUGCAGCAAUCCUUUCUGCAGCAGACUGAUUUGGUUUAGAAGGGCUCAUCAGUCCAAUGAACAAGGCUGUGGGAAGGCCAAAUGCUGUUUUUAUCAUAGUCUUCCAACAGUGGGAAAUAGCUGUUUGUAACCCCCUCCAAAUUGACCUGUAUGGAAUACAGCAUUGCAUUGAAUUCCAAGGUGCAGUUUCAAGCUAUCUGUGUUCUCUCUCUUCCUCUUCUCAGCUUCAGAGUCAGCGGAUGAGGAAGAGUUUGAGCAAUUGCCUUCACCCCAUUCAUCUAUACGCUGAUAGCUGGGGUAAGAGCCACCUGUGGGAAGAAAAGGCAAGAGAGAAAGCAAGAGUCAACAUCUGGUCACAUGCAGAGGAUGUCCUGCACAGCUGCCCUGUCCAGUGAAUACUUUCACUUCUCCUACCAACCCCAUGGGGUGCACAGGAAACCAUCUCUCCUGAGUAAUGGAGUCCUGCCAAGCUGAAUAGUUUCUACUGCACACACUUUGUGUGCAAGUUUGUCCAGAGAGUUGGCUUAGGGUUACUUUUUUCUGCCUUAAAGAACAAACAGCCUUAAAUAAAGAGUUAACUUAAGGCA